AUGCCUUCACGAAGCCUGGACUGUGAUAUCUCUGUCCUCAUCGCCUGUGUGGUGGACGUUGAGGUGUUCACCAGUCAGGAGGUCAAGGUAGGACAAGAUACACAUACACACUCCUAGAAGGCAGCACAGAACAUAUUUCACACACACUUCAGAAGACAGGGCUGAGUUUGUGUUCUAUGGGUCUGUCUAGGCUUCUUAAAAAACUAUAUUCCACUGUAUGCAUUCUGUGUGUACUCAUCUGUAUGCAGAGUUUUGUGCUUUAAGUCUAAGAUUGCUGAAAAACUACUCUCAGGUUGUGUCUAAGACAGUGUUGUACAGUACAGUUGUUUUGUCCCAUCACCAGACCAGUAGAAGAUAAGACACCAUGUCAAUGUAAAGUAGGAUUGAUCCAAUAUUUCUUGCACGCAAUGACAACAUCAAGCUUGUGACUCUACAAGCUGGUUUGAUGCAUUUGCAGUUUGUUUUGGUUGUCUUUUGGAUUAUGUUUUGGCCAAUAGUAACUGAAUGGGGAAUGUAAUUUUCUUUGUGAGUUGUUUCUGAACAUCAUGAGUCAGGAAUAAUGAUGAGUGAGAUGCUACAACAAUAACAUGCAUUUUCUGGGGUGGUAUGAUUUUUGUGCCUCUGUAACUUUCUCACUCAUCAUUAUUCACGAUUCAUGGUAUCAUCCACAUUAAUGCAGAAGUGUUCAGAAACAUCUUCUAUUGUUACUUACAAUAAAAGUGACUCCAAAAUGGCACAAUACAUUAUUAACCUUUCAGUGGGCAAAACAUAAUCCAAAACAUUACCAAAACAAACUGCAAAUGCAUCCAACAAGUUUGUAGAGUCACAAGCUUGAUGUAGUCAUUGUGUGCUAGGAAUAUGGGAACAAAUACUUAACUUUUGACUACUUUGAUACACUAUAAGUGAAUUAGUCCAAAUACUUAUGACUUCUUCACAUGGGGGCGACUACUUUAAAGGGAUACUGCGAGAUUCUGGCAAUUCUUAUGCCUCUGCUUGCAGUAUGAAGGAAGUUAGAGGUAGUUCCGCAAGCCAAUGUUAACUAGCAUUAGCACAAUGAAUGGGAGUCUACAGGUACGCUAGCGUAUGCAUAUGGAGGGGAGUGUGUGCACAACAAAGCUUUGAUAUAUGAUAUAUACAGUGGGGAGAACAAGUAUUUGAUACACUACCGAUUUUACAGGUUUUCCUACUUACAAAGCAUGUAGAGGUCUGUAAUUUUUAUCAUAGGUACACUUCAACUGUGAGAGACGGAAUCUAAAACAAAAAUCCAGAAAAUCACAUUGUAUGAUUUUUAAGUAAUUCAUUUGCAUUUUAUUGCAUGACAUAAGUAUUUGAUCACCUACCAACCAGUAAGAAUUCUGGCUCUCACAGACCUGUUAGUUUUUCUUUAAGAAGCCCUCCUGUUCUCCACUCAUUACCUGUAUUAACUGUACCUGUUUGAACUCGUUACCUGUAUAAAAGACACCUGUCCACACACUCAAUCAAACAGACUCCAACCUCUCCACAAUGGCCAAGAUCAGAGAGCUGUGUAAGGACAUCAGGGAUACAAUUGUAGACCUGCACAAGGCUGGGAUGGGCUACAGGACAAUAGGCAAGCAGCUUGAUGAGAAGGCAACAACUGUUGGCGCAAUUAUUAGAAAAUGGAAGAAGUUCAAGAUGACGGUCAAUCACCCUCGGUCUGGGGCUCCAUGCAAGAUCUCACCUCGUGGGGCAUCAAUGAUCAUGAGGAAGGUCAGGGAACAGCCCCAGAACUACACGGCAGGACCUGGUCAAUGACCUGAAGAGAGCUGGGACCACAGUCUCAAAGAAAACCAUUAGUAACACAUUACGCCGUCAUGGAUUAAAAUCCUGCAGUGCACGCAAGGUCCCCCUGCUCAAGCCAGCGCUUGUCCAGGCCCAUCUGAAGUUUGCCAUUGACCAUCUGGAUGAUCCAGAGGAGGAAUGGGAGAAGGUCAUGUGGUCUGAUGAGACAAAAAUAGAGCUUUUUGGUCUAAACUCCACUCGCCGUGUUUGGAGGAAGAAGAAGGAUGAGUACAACCCCAAGAAAACCAUCCCAACCGUGAAGCAUGGAGGUGGAAACAUCAUUCUUUGGGGAUGCUUUUCUGCAAAGGGGACAGGACGACUGUACCGUAUUGAGGGGAGGAUGGAUGGGGCCAUGUAUCGCGAGAUCUUGGCCAAUAACCUCCUUCCCUCAGUAAGAGCAUUGAAGAUGGGUCGUGGCUGGGUCUUCCAACAUGACAACGACCCGAAACACACAGCCAGGGCAACUAAGGAGUGACUCCGUAAGAAUUAUCUCAAGGUCCUGGAGUGGCCUAGCCAGUCUCCAGACCUGAACCCAAUACAAAAUCUUUGGAGGGAGCUGAAAGUCCGUAUUGCCCAGCGACAGCCCCGAAACCUGAAGGAUCUGGAGAAGGUCUGUAUGGAGGAGUGGGCCAAAAUCCCUGCUGCAGUGUGUGCAAACCUGGUCACGACCUACAGGAAAGGUAUGAUCUCUGUAAUUGCAAACAAAGGUUUCUGUACCAAAUAUUAAGUUCUGCUUUUCUGAUGUAUCAAAUACUUAUGUCAUGCAAUAAAAUGCAAAUUAAUUACUUAAAAAUCAUACAAUGUGAUUUUCUGGGUUUUUGUUUUAGAUUCCAUCUCUCACAGUUGAAGUGUACCUAUGAUAAAAAUUACAGACCUCUACAUGCUUUGUAAGUAGGAAAACCUGCAAAAUCGGCAGUGUAUCAAAUACUUGUUCUCCCCACUGUAUAUAGUGUUGUCUGAAUGCACUGUAUGCAGUCAGUUUUCAUUUUACAUCUAACACAGGGAACUCAUUCGGGGUCUCAACUUACUGUUGAGAGUUAGAAUAAUAGAAUACACAAGGUGCAAUUUCAAAAUUUGGUUGUGCAUCAGCAGUCACUCAAUUAUCCCAUGUCAGUGUUUUUUUUAUAUUUAUUGGUAAGUUAGUCUAGCAGCCAGCUAUCUGACCGGGGUGAUUGAUCAUCAGUUAUCAUAUUAAAAACUGCAAACAUUUGCCUCCACCCUCUAUGUCAAAAUGUUUAGAAUUGCAGGAAAUUAGUUGUAAAACUGCUAAUUUUUCUCUCCGCCCAAUGGCAAAAUGAGUAGAAUUGUAUGAAAUGAGUUAUAAAAUUGCAAAAUCUUCUCUCGGCCCCAUGGCAAAAUGUGUAGAAUUGCAGGAAAUGUUUAAAUCUUUGCUGUCACGAGGGAGGCCGUUAAAAUGUUUUGCUCGCAAGGUGGGGGGGCGUAUGGAUGUGGGUAUGCAGACCCACGAGCCACUGCUGCCCCUCAUGGAAAAAUGAUGGUUUUAGGAUGAAGUGUGUUGAAUUGCACAGCAAAAUGCUGCAGCUUUGUUCUCCUUUUGGCACACCCAACUGUUCAUCAUUUACUCUUGUCUGUAAGUGGAGCGUAUGUCAUCGCACCACACUCACACUCCAUUCAUAAAACCCCCCUGAUGUGCUGCUCCAAUACGUCACACCUCGGACAGACUGAAUCUCCCUGGGGAGCCCGAACACACACACACACACACACACUAACAGAGAUCUGACUACACUACACACAGCCUCACACAAAUCUACAUGAUCUACACACAGCUCACAGACUUGGGUGUCUGGGUGAACAAAUUAAUUCUGUGAAAAUGGGGAUGAAAUGUUAAGAUUCCAUGUACUAUAUCUGGGUGAAAAAACAACAGACUGCAGUUAUUGGAUUACAGUGCAUUGACCCAAAAAUAGGAAAGGAGGCUCUGUCUGAGUGAUCAUUAAUCUUCCCAUCACAUCCACAUGUUUAAUGUUUAAUUUUCACUGUCUGCUGCUCGGCUGAUCUGGUCUGGCUGCGCUCCUCCCCACCAUCUUCAUUCUAGAAUAUAGAAGAUUCUGGAAUCUAGACUAUCCUCUGAUAGAAGAUGAUGCAGUGAGAGACUGAAGAGAUGAGGUUAUGAUUUGAGUGAUGGUUAACGUUUGGCUGGCGCUAGGUGUAAUUGAAUAGCUGAUGUUCAGACUUGAUGAUUGGUCAGAUGGACAGACGGACAUCGAGACUGAUGGACGGACAGAGCAGGCUUCCAUAUUCCUGCAGCCACAUAAACUUGUGAAUAUGGAGUGUUUGAGCUGCUCAGACAAGGGUUGUGUUUUGCAUCUUUUAAUGUGUACACGAGAGCAUGUUUACAGUCUACAGCCUGACGUGUGACUGGUCAAUGGUGUUGUUGACCAUGACCUCUCUCUCCCUUCUCUUCCUAAUUUUUCUCCCUUUCUCUCUGUCACGGUGUCAGUGUAAUGCAGUAGACGAAGUCAGGCGCAGGACACAGAACUAAAUGAAAACGUAACUUUACUGAACACGUAAAGAAACAAGUAAACCUCCACGCAGGGAGGAACAAACCCGCUCACCAACGACACACGAAACAAUAAACAAACACGCACAGAGCACAAUGGGAGCCACAGGGUUAAAUAGGGACGGAGUAAUUACAAGAUGGGAAACAAUCAGACAACAACAGGUAGAACAUAGAACAUAGAUCGGCAGUAGCUAGUACUCCGGUGACGACGAACGCCGAAGCCUGCCCGAGCAAGGAGGAAGGGCAGCCUCGGCAGAAUCCGUGACAGUACUCUCUCCACCUGCCCGUUACUCUCGGGGUGAAACCCUGAGGUCAGACUGACCGAGACUCCCAGACGUUCCAUGAACGCCAUCCAAACCCUUGAGGUGAACUGGGAACCCCGAUCAGACACUAUAUCCUCAGGUACCCCGUAGUGCCGGAAGACGUGUGUAAAUAGGGCCUCAGCAGUCUGUAGGGCCGUAGGGAGGCCGGGCAGAGGAAUGAGGCGGCAGGACUUAGAAAACAGAUCCACAACGACCAGGAUCGUGGUGUUCCCUUGUGAGGGGGGAAGAUCCGUCACGAAAUCCACCGAUAGGUGGGACCAUGGUCGUUGUGGAACGGGUAGAGGUUGCAAUUUCCCUCUGAGCAGGUGUCUAGGAGCCUGACACUGGGCGCACACCGAGCAGGAGGAAACAUAAACCCUCACGUCCUUAGCUAAGGUGGGCCACCAGUACUUCUCACUAAGACAGUGCACUGUCCGACCUAUGCCAGGAUGACCAGAGGAGGGUGACGUGUGAGCCCAAUAGAUCAAACGAUCGCGGACAUCCAGCGGUACGUACACACGACCCUCUGGACACUGGGGAGGAGUGGGUUCGUUACGCAACGCCCGCUCGAUCUCCGCGUCAACCUCCCACACCACCGGUGCCACCAGACACGACGCCGGAAGUAUGGAAGUGGGCUCCACGGAACUCUCCUCCGUGUCAUACAGUCGAAACAGAGCAUCUGCCUUAGCGUUCUGGGAACCUGGCCUGCAAGAAAAACGGGUGAGAAACAUGGACCACCUUGCCUUGCCUGGCGAGGGUUUAAUCUCCUCGCUGCCCGGAUGUACUCCAGAUUGCGGUGGUUAGUCAAAAUGAGAAAAGGGUGUUUAGCCCCCUCAAGCCAAUGUCUCCACGCUUUCAGAGCUUCGACCACAGCCAACAGCUCCGGGUCCCCCACAUCAUAGUUGCGCUCCGCCGGGCUGCGCUUCUUCGAAAAGAAGGCACAGGGGCGGAGUUUAGGUGGCGAACCCGAGCGCUGAGACAGUACAGCGCCUAUCCCAGCCUCGGACGCGUCCACCUCAACCGUGAAGGCUAAGGAGGGGUCCGGAUGAGCCAGCACUGGAGCCGAGGUAAACAGGUCCUUCAGACGACUAAAAGCCCUGUCCGCCUCAGCUGACCACCGCAGACGCACCGGCCCCCCCUUCAGCAACGAGGUAAUGGGAGCUGCUACCUGACCAAAGCCCCGGAUAAAUCUCCGGUAGUAAUUGGCAAAAACCAAAAAUCGCUGCACCUCCUUUACCGUGGUUGGAGUCGCCCAAUUACGCACGGUCGAAAUGCGGUCACUCUCCAUCCUCACCUCUGACGCGGACAUGUGGUAACCCCAAGAAAGAGAUGGACUCCUGGAAGAACAGGCAUUUCUCUGCCUUAGCAUACAGGUCAUGCUCCAACAGUCGUCCACGCACUUUACGCACCAGGGACACAUGCUCGGCCCGUGUAGCGGAGUAUAUAAGGAUGUCAUCAAUUUACACCACUACCCCUUGUCCGUGCAGGUCCCUGAAAAUCUCAUCCACAAAUGAUUGGAAAACUGAUGGAGCAUUCAUUAACCCGUAUGGCAUGACCAGAUACUCAUAAUGUCCAGAGGUGGUACUAAAUGCCGACUUCCACUCAUCUCCCUCCCGGAUACGCACUAGGUUGUACGCGCUCCUGAGAUCCAAUUUUGUGAAGAAGCGUGCCCCGUGCAAUGAUUCUGUCAUACUAGCUAUCAGGGGUAAUGGAUAGCUGUACUUGAUGGUAAUCUGAUUUAGGCCACAGUAAUCAAUGCAUGGGCGUAACCCACCAUCUUUCUUCUUCACAAAAAAUUAACUUGAGGAGACAGGUGAAGUGGAUGGCCGAAUGUAUCCCUGCCUCAGAGAUUCGGUGACAUAUGUCUCCAUAGCCGCCUUCUCCUCCUGAGACAAAGGAUACACGUGACUCCGGGGAAGUGCAGCUCCUACCUGGAGAUUUAUCGCACAAUCCCCCGGACGAUGGGGUGGUAAUUUAGUCGCCCUCUUUUUACUGAAGGCGAUAGCCAAAUCGGCAUACUCGGAAGGAAUGUGCAUAGUGGAAACCUGGUUUGGACUUUCCACCGUAGUUGCCCCCAAGGAAACUCCUAAACACCUCCCUGAUCACUGACCGGACCAUCCCUUGAGAGCCCUCUGUUGCCAUGAAAUCGUGGCAUCAUGAAUGGUUAACCAGGGAAGUCCCAACACCACAGGAUACGCAGGAGAAUCAAUCAGAUAGAGGCUAAUCCUCUCCUCAUGACCCCCCUGCGUCAUCAUCAGCAGUGGAGCGGUGACCUCCCUGAUUAUGCCUGACCCUAACGUGCGACUAUCUAAUGCAUGCACAGGGAAAGGUUUGUCAACAGACACAGUAGGAAUCCCUAAACUACGGGCAUACUGGCGAUCAAUAAAAUUCCCAGCCGCGCCUGAAUCUACUAGCGCCUUAUGCUGGGAAUGGGGAGAAAACUCUGGAAACAUAAUAUCUAUACACAUAUUAGCAACAGGGAGCUCUGGGUUAGUCGGGUGCCUACUCACCUGAGACGGUCGACCAGUGCUCUGCCUGCUGCCUCAACCUCCUGAGAACCCUCCCCAGCACCGACCAGCAGUGUGUCCUCUGCGGCCACAGUUGGUGCAGCGGACGGUCCCUCUCCCAGUCUCCCUAACCGUAGCACCUCCGAGCUCCAUGGGGGUAGGCUCGGAGGUGCUGGGGGAUGGAAUGGACGGCCCCCCAUCAGAACGUCUGCGUGUUUCCAACAGGUUAUCCAACCUGAUGGACAUGUCCACCAGUUGGUCCAGGUUGAGAUUGGUGUCCCUGCAGGCAAGUUCCCGACGGACGUCCUCCCUUAAGCUGCAACGAUAGUGGUCGAUCAGGGCCCUCUCAUUCCAUCCCGCGCUGGCUGCUAAAGUUCUAUACUCUAGCGCAAACUCCUGCGCGCUCCUCAUCUCCUGUCGUAGGUGGAACAGACGUUCUCCCGCCGCACUCCCUUCGGGUGGAUGAUCGAAUACCGCCCGGAAGCGGCGGGUGAAAUCCUCAUAGCAGACAGUUCUCGAGUCUAUUCCUCCCCACUCGGCGUUGGCCCACUCAAGCACCUUCCCCGAUAGACAGGAGAUGAGGGCGGACACGCUCUCGUAUCCCGAGGGCGCCGGGUGAAUAGUGGCCAGGUAGAGCUCUACCUGGAGGAGAAAUCCCUGGCACCCGGCAGGUGUACCGUCAUAUGCCCUCGGGAGCGAGAGCCGAAUUCCACUGGACCCAGGUGGCAAAGUGGUAGCCAGUGUUGUAGGUGGUUGAGUGGUUGGAAAUGGUGAAGGGAUACCACCUCUCUCCAAUCGUUCCAUCAUCUGGAACACUCGUUCCAUUGUGGCACCGAGAGUCUGAAUCAUCGUCUCUUGACGUUGGACUCGUUCCUCCAUCGUCUCGGUAAAUCCGGCUGUUCCUGCUGACUCGAUAUUGGUGCGUGUUUCUGUCACGGUGUCAGUGUAAUGCGGUAGACAAAGUCAGGCGCAGGACACAGAACUAAAUCAAAACGUAACUUUACUGAACACGUAAAGAAACAAGUAAACCUCCACGCAGGGAGGAACAAACCCGCUCACCAAUGACACACGAAACAAUAAACAAACACGCACAGAGCACAAUGGGAGCCACAGGGUUAAAUAGGGACGGAGUAAUUACAAGAUGGGAAACAGGUGUGAAACAAUCAGACAACAACAGGUAGAACAUAGAAACAUAGAACAUAGAUCGGCAGCAGCUAGUACUCUGGUGACGACAAACGCCGAAGCCUGCCCGAGCAAGGAGGAAGGGCAGCCUCGGUAGAAUCCGUGACACUCUCCUUCCUCGCUCCCUUCCUCUCUCUCCUCCCAUACAUGUGUAUGUUUAUAAUGAGUUGUUUUGACACUGUCCUUGAAUAACUGGGUUAAAGUGACUGGGUUCUGAACAAUAUACAGUGGCUUGCGAAAGUAUUCACCCCCCUUGGCAUUUUUCCUACUUUGUUGCCUUACAACCUUGAAAUAAAAUGGAUUUUGGGGGGGGUUGUAUCAUUUGAUUUACACAACAUGCCUACCACUUUGAAGAUACAAAAUAUUUUUGGGGGGGAAACAAACAAGAAAUAAGACAAAAAAACUGAACUUGAGCGUGCAUAACUAUUCACCCCCCCCCCCCCCCCCCCCAAAGUCAAUGCUUUGUAGAGCCACCUUUUGCAGAAAUUACAGCUGCAAGUCUCUUGGGGUAUGUCUCUAUAAGCUUGGCACAUCUAGCCACUGUGAUUUUUGCCCAUUCUUCAAGGCAAAACUGCUCCAGCUCCUUCAAGUUGGAUGGGUUCCGCUGGUGUACAGCAAUCUUUAAGUCAUACCACAGAUUCUCAAUUGGAUUGAGGUCUGGGCUUUGACUAGGCCAUUCCAAGACAUUUAAAUGUUUCCCCUUAAACCACUCAAGUGUUGCUUUAGCAGUAUGCUUAGGGUCAUUGUCCUGCUGGAAGGUGAACCUCCGUCCCAGUCUCAAAUCUCUGGAAGUCUGAAACAGGUUUCCCUCAAGAAUUUCCCUGUAUUUAGCGCCAUCCAUCAUUCCUUCAAUUCUGACCCGUUUCCCAGUCCCUGCCGGUGGAAAAACAUCCCCACAGCAUGAUGCUGCCACCACCAUGCUUCACUGUGGGGAUGGUGUUCUCGGGGUGAUGAGAGGUGUUGGGUUUGCGCCAGACAUAGUGUUUUCCUUGAUGGCCAAAAAGCUAAAUGUUAGUCUCAUCUGACCAGAGUACCUUCUUCCAUAUGUUUGGGGAGUCUCCCACAUGCCUUUUGGCGAACACCAAACGUGUUUGCUUUUUUUUAUCUUUAAGCAAUGGCUUUUUUCUGGCCACUCUUCUGUAAAGCCCAGCUCUGUGGAGUGUACGGCUUAAAGUGGUCCUAUGGACAGAUACUCCAAUCUCCGCUGUGGAGCUUUGCAGCUCCUUCGGGGUUAUCUUUGGUCUCUUUGUUGCCUCUCUGAUUAAUGCCCUCAUUGCCUGGUCCGUGAGUUUUGGUGGGCGGCGCUCUCUUGGCAUGUUUGCUCCGUGGUAUGUUCAAAGUUUCUGAUUAUUUUUUUUACCCAACCCUGAUCUGUACUUCUACACAACUUUGUCCCUGACCUGUUUGGAGAGCUCCUUGGUCUUCAUGGUGCCGCUUGCUUGGUGGUGCCCCUUGCUUAGUGGUGUUGCAGACUCUGGGACCUUUCAGAACAGGUGUGUAUAUAUAUAUACUGAGAUUAUGUGACAGAUCAUGUGACACUUAGACUGCACACAGGUGGACUUUAUUUAACUAAUUAUGUGACUUCUGAAGGUAAUUGGUUGCACCAGAUCUUAUUUAGGGGCUUCAUAGCAAAGGGGGUGAAUACAUAUGCACGCACCACUUUUCCGUUAUUUUUAUUUUUUUAUUUUUUGAAACAAGUUAUUUUUUUCAUUCCACUUCACCAAUUUGGACAAUUUUGUGUAUGUCCAUUACAUGAAAUCCAAAUAAAAAUCCAUUUAAAUUACAGGUUGUAAUGCAACAAAAUAGGAAAAACGCCAAGGGGGGUUAAGGCCAAUUUGGGUUAAUAACGGGGUAGAUUUAGGUUGGAGUGCAGGUUAUGAGGAUGUCACCGUUUCUGUUUGUUCCUCUCUUGAUCAAACUAUUCCUAUGUAGCCUAUAUAAGUAUUGACAUAUAGGUCUAAGUAAGUUACGGUAUUAAGACUAAACAGGAUGUGAUCUUAUGCCUACAGCUCGAUGGUGGUUAUACAAGGCUGCUAUACUAAGCCUACUAAUGAUAAUGACAUUACUUAUUAUUAUAAUAGUGAUGAUCAUAACAAUAAUAGUAAUAAUAACAAUAAGGAGAUCAAGAAAAAGGAGGGUUAUUAAUGUUAUUAUAAAUAUUAUUUUUCAGACAAUUUGGAACAGUGUAAACACUAAAUAAAUGAUAACUAAUACCAGAGAGGCUGGUCUAACGAGGAAAAAGUGUAAAGCCUUUAUUACAGCAUAUCAAAGAUUAAAAACAGCAGAAUUGUUUAUCCGACAUGUUGUGUUUGCAUGAGACUUGGUGCUCACGGAAUCAGUAGGCUAUUAAACAAACACUCAAACAGGCAGCAGAAGCAGGAUCUGUCUUAUUUCUGUAGAUAUAUAUGGAUGAUUUAUAAAGCCAGGCACAUUUAACAGUUAGGCUAUUGAUUAUAGACCUAAUUAAGUUGGGGUUUCCUCUCUCCUCACUUUUUUAGCCAAUUAAGGCAAGGGCUGUUCUCUCGUAUCCUAACUCUGCUGCUGCCCCCACCACAUUGUUCUCACACUAAUAUGCUGGUUAACUUUGCUAUUAUGCACAUAGCAACAUGGUCUAGGAAAAGGCGCUAAUUCAACAGCUCACUGAUGUGUUUCAGAACCGCGGAUGAAAGAACAUUUGUUAUAAAAUAAUAUUAUUUUUAUUAGUGUUGCAUCAUUGUAACCAUAUACAAUUUCAGUAGCACAUGUCUUAGAGUGAUGGACUGUGCCAUCCCCACGGCCUCCACAAUGGAUCAGUCCACUCAGACAGGCGCGAUUCAGACAGUUGUCUUGUACACCAUUAAUUAUUUUGAUUUUUCUUUACUACUGCUCGACUAAAGAAAUCUUGGUCGACCAACAGCCUAUCGACCAAACAAUUGACCAGUCGACUAAAUGUGGUCAGCCCUAGUACACUCUAUAACUGGAUUCUCUGUUUAGUUGGGUGUUUAAUUAACUCUCAUUCUGGUCAUUAUUACAGGACAUUUUGAUUGGUCAGGCUUUAUGUAGAGAGAUGUGGCUUUUAUCGAACCACUGCUCAGUACAAUGUGAUAGAAAUAAAUGCAAUGUCUGUGCCAGGUUAUGGGUGAUGAAGACCUGAGAUACACUUUCUCUUAAUAGUAACAUUCCUACCUUCUAUAUUUGAGCCACUUUCUCUCUGUUCCUUUCUCCUUUUUAAGAAACCUGUCCAUUCCAGCUCUUAUGGGCUACUUGUUAAAUUUCUCCUCUAAGAUGGAAAAUCACAUGACUGGAUGGAUGGGGGAUGUUAUCAACAAUCCUCCCUCCCCUACAAGCCUGCUAUGUGAGAUUUCCUGUCCUGGUUUUAACAUAACAAUUCCUGACACCAGAGGUUACACAACCCAGGAGUUAUGUUUGGCUGGAGGUCAAGGUUCAACAUAAAAAGAACAAUCUGAGAGUCUGGAUGCGUUUAAGAUGAAUGACCAUUUUGUUCUCCUAAAAGGAAGAGAGAACAGUACAAACACUGUAUUCUGGUUGCUGUUUCUUUUAGUCUCUGGCUAAUCCAUCUUCUACUACAUGUCUGUCUGUAUGUGGUUAAAGCCUGUGUUGUUAAAGUUGACGUUCAUCUGUGAAAGGUGACUCUGGUUUAGUGUUGGGAUGUUCUCCUCUCCCUUUCGCUCCUCUCCCUUUCUCUCCCGUUCCCUUUCCCCUCUCCUCUCCUCCCUUUGUUAAUUAAUGCCAGUCAGUGAACAGUGAACAGUAAACAUGCCGCUUGGCUUUGGUAUCGUACCACUGUAAUUACUUAAAUACCCACAGGCUGUGGGAAAAACACAACACCUUGGAUCACUUUUGUUCCUUCCUCUAAUACAGACCCAUUUUAUCUUGUAAUGCUAUUCCAGUGCAGAGCUGUUGUGUUCCUAUUUGAUAGUGCUUCAGUGUGAGUGUUUCUCAUACUGAUAAGGAGCUGUCUGUCCUGUCCUCCUUAGUGCUGUUGGUUUCCUCUAGUCUUGAUAGAUCUAUGUGUUCUUCAAGGUGAGGUGUCACCACAGAAAGGUCAUGUUGAGUGGCACUUCCCUCUGUCACUCACUCAGCCUAUUUAUAGAUGCUUUGUUAUCAUUAGUGGGGGUGGGCUUCACUAUAACAAUGCAUGGGGAUGUGUGUGUGUGUGUGUGUGUGUCGGUGUCUGUGUGUGUCCUCUGAAUGUAACACUCAGUGGUAAUUUCAUGCUUUACUGGGCUGUACUCGUAGUCGUCAGAGAGACUGGAUGUUUAUAAACCAGGGCUGCUGCUUGGCCUAUCCCAAGGCUUGCUACACAAAAACAAAUGAUUUUCUCUCUCCGUCUCUUUGUUUUUCUGAUAUGCAUUUGACCUUGAGUGAGCUUUUGCGUCACCCCUUCCUCCCCCAAACCCUCAAAUGUGAUGCUGUCAACACAAGUACCCCAAAGAGCCACUUAGCUCCACCAGUUGUCAUUAGUCUUGUUGUACAAUGAUAAAAUAUGUAGUGUAGAGCUAGUGUUCUCUGAAUCACAGUUGUAAUUAACUAUAACACUGCUAGCAAACACAGUAGAGAGCAAUGUUAUUUUGCCUUCGCACAUCUCUCCCACUAUCUGUCCGUGAUAGCUGUAACCCCACCAAACCACCAUCCCCUCUCGUUUCACCCUCUCCUUUUACUCUCAUCCGGAGUACUUUGCUUCAAUAGGAUAUUUAUUUCCAUAAUUGGAGCACAUAAACUGGAACACAGUUUAAUAGAUUUCAGAAUGGGCCCCUCCAUCUUGACAUUUGGUUUUAAUGGCUUGACUGCUACGAACACCAGAUGGUAAUUAUGAGGAUGUUCACUGUUCACCUUUUAGCUAUUUGAAACCCCACCUCUUUAAGGAAUACCUGGGAUAGGAUAAAGUAAUCCUUCGACCACCCCCCCCCCCCCCCCCACCCCACCCCACCCCACAGCGGAGUCCCUCACCACCUUCCGGAGACAUUUGAAACCCCACCUCUUUAAGGAAUACCUUGGAUAGGAUAAAGUAAUCCUUCUACCCCCCCCCCCCCCCCCCCACACACACAGCGGAGUCCGCUCACCACCGUCCGUAGACAUUUGAAAACCCCACCGUCUUUAAGGAAUACCUGGGAUAGGAUAAAAGUAAUACUUACCCCCCCCCCCCCACCCCACCCCACAGCGAGUCACUCAACCACCUUUCCGGAGACAUUUGAAACCCCACCUCUUUAAGGAAAUAACCUGGGAUAAGGAUAAAGUAAUCCUUCUACCCCCCCCCCCACACACACACAGCGGAGUCGCUCACGCACCUUCCUGUAGACACUUGAAACCCCACCUCUUUAAAGGAAUACCUGGGAUAGGAAAAAAAGUAAAUCCUUCUACCCCCCCCCCCCCCCCCCCCCCCCCCCCCCACCCCCCACCCCCCACCCACAAGCGGAGGUCACUCACCACCUUCCGGAGACAUGUGAAACCCCACCUCGUUAAGGAAUACCUGGGAUAGGAUAAAGUAAUCCUUCUACCCACCCCCCCCCCCCCCCCACCCCACCCCACCCCACAGCGGAGUCACUCACCACCUUCCGGAGACAUUUGAAACCCCACCUCUUUAAGGAAUACCUGGGAUAGGAUAAAGUAAUCCUUCUACCCCCCACCCCCCCCCCACACACAGCGGAGUCGCUCACCACCUUCCGGAGACAUUUUGAAACCCCACCUCUUUAAGGAAUACCUGGGAUAGGAUAAAGUAAUCCUUCUACCCCCCCCCCCCACCCCACCCCACAGCGGAGUCACUCACCACCUUCCGGAGACAUUUGAAAACCCCACCUCUUUAAGGAAUACCUGGGAUAGGAUAAAGUAAUCCUUCUACCCCCCCCCCCCCCCCACACACACAGCGGAGUCGCUCACCACCUUCCGGAGACAUUUGAAACCCCCACCUCUUUAAGGAAUACCUGGGAUAGGAUAAAGUAAUCCUUCUACCCCCCCCCCCCCCCCCCCCCAAAAAAAAAAAAUUGUAAAGUGGUUAUCCCACUGGCUAUAGGGUGAAUGCAUCAAUUUGUGAGUCGCUCUGGACUAGAGCGUCUGCUAAAUGACGUAAAUGUGCCCUUGAGCAAGGCACUUAACCCUAAUUGCUCCUGUAAGUCGCUCUGGAUAAGAGCGUCUGCUAAAUGACUAAAAUGUAAAUGUAAAAUGUAGCUCUCUAUUAUCUAAGGGCACUUAAAGCCAUUAGAUGCCCACACCAACAGGCUGUUCUGUGAUACCACUGCUCUUACCUGUGUGUGUGUGUGUGUGUGUGUGUGUGUGGUGGUUGUGUGGUGUGGUGUGUGGUGUUGUGGUGGGUGUGUGUGUUGUCUUUGUGUGUGUGUUGUUUUGUGUGUAAGACUGAGAAUUGUGAUGGCCCUAUUGCUUGGUGGUGUGAUGGCCCUAUUGCUUGGUGGUUUUUAAAAGCUUUGUAAAGAACAGGAAGGCUGUUUAUGUUCCCAAUUCACCUCUUUAUUGACAACGUUUCCAUCCCAACCAGAUCUUCGUCAGGUCAAACAGACUGAGUGCUCACAUUCCAAAAUAUACACAUUUCACCUCACAUGACCAUUACUCACAUGACGCAUGGUGGGUGUGGAAACAAUUAAAUUCACUUUUGCGCACCGUCAAUCAUAAUUAAUGACAGAGGUACGUAUGGUCAUAAAGGAUUAUAUACAUACAAAUCGGCCCAAUUUUAAAACCUAGGCAACAGUUUAAAAAGAUUACGUUGGAAACUGUUGGAAUAACCGCCCAUAUGACCAUUACGCAUAGAUAUGAUUACAGUGACCUAUUUCAAAAAACAGCUUGUGUACCUCCUAAUAAUUUGAUAUCAAUGAGAUGGGCACAGGUAUAGAAAGUUAUAGAAAAUCUAUUGUAUACAUAUGUGCAAAAUGACCAAGUGAAGACCUGGAUGGCAAGACAAAUCAACAUAACAUAAUCAUGUAAGAAAUGGUCUGAUAUCAAACUCUUGGUUCAGACCUUUAGGAGACAUGGUGGACAAACGGUGAAUCCAAUACAAUUGUCUUCUCAGUAAUAGAUUAUCAGUAUCCCCCCCUCUCUUAGGAGGCUAAACAUAUUCGAUACCAAUGUCUUUCAGAGAGCUGAUGUUGUGACGAGCCUCCAUGAAGUGGGCAGCUACAGGGUUUCUCAGGUCAAGAGUCCUUAUAUUACUCCUGUGAUCUGCUAUCCUUGUUUUCAGAGCUUGUUUAGUUUUUCCUACAUAGCAUAAACCACUUAAUACACUUGAUCAGGUAUACCACAUUUUUUUUGUCUUAAUGACCUUGCCCGUGAUGGGGUGAUUGAACGUUGUGCUUUCUUCGUAAAGUUACACUGGGUGCAUCGGCAACAUCUGUAAUUACCGUCUGGCCCAUUGUCUAGGAAGGUGCUACGUGGCACCGGUGGAAGAUCAAACCUCACCACCCUUUGACUGAUGUUGGGGGUGCAUCUGAAGACUACCCACAGGGGUUCUUUAAACGUAUUUUCCAGUUGUGGGUCAGUGCUCAAGAUGUGCCAGUGUUUUCUUAAUGAUGUGGUCGAACUACUGUAUUUUCCAAGUAGGCAGGAUUGAAGACAGCAUUGGACUAGUUGGUCAGGGGGGUGUGGUGGUUUGGGAGUGAGGAUGUCAUCCUGGGUCAUAUCUUUGUAACAGUCCUGUCUGUCAUGCAGCCAAUCCUCUGGGUAACCCUGUUAUCUAAAGCAUUCAUCCAGACAGUGUUUGUCAUAGUCACUGUGUACUACAGAUCCUGCGUAUGCGACUGUAUUGGCUUCCAGGGGUGUAGGGUGGAAGCUAUCUCCGCGUAACAGGGAAUUCCUGUCGGUCGGCUUCCUGUAUAGGUCCGUGCUAAAGCCACCCCACUCUUUAUUAAAAUGUCCAGAAAACUUGUUUCAUGCGCAUCAAAGGUGAGCGUGAAUUUCAGAUGUUCACUGCUUGCAUUGAUGAAGGAGCGGAAUUGAUUAAGUUCCUCUGCUGUGCCCUGGAAUAGAAGGAAUAUGUCAUCAAUGAAGCGUUUCCAGAGCUUGAGAUAGCGCAAUAAUGGAUUGUUAGGGCUGAAAUUAUUCUCAAACAACCCCACAUACAGAUUAGUAUAAUUUUGUAUAAUUUUACUAACCAUAGCGGUUUUGGUAAACCCAGCGUCAUAACAUGUUAUGACACGGUCAUAACCAUGUCAUAAAAUGUCAUAACAGCUGACAUAACUUGUCAUAACCUGUCAUAAUAUGGUCGUAACACUGUCAUGACCCAUAUAUUUACACCUGUUGUGACAUUAUUGCAUUAUUUUAUGGCUGGUUAUGACACCUACAUAAGAGUGUCAAACCCCACAUUUAAUAAAAAAUGUCCCUGCCAAGAAGUUUCCUUUAAUUUGAAAGUUUGUUUCUUAAGUCCUUUGUUGUUGUUGUUGUUGUUGUUGUUGUAAUGAACUCUUUACAGUCAUGUAUUUUUCUCAGCAUAUUUUACCUUGCAGAAAAUACACUUUAUGACACUGUCAUGAAGCAUUAUGACCAUCUUGUGUCACUUUACUUGGACUAAGAAAAUACACUUUAUGACACUGUCAAGAAGCAUUAUGACCAUCAUAAUCAUAUAAGCCAGAUAGGCCUAUCACAUACAUGCCCUUAUGUCAGUCAUCAGUCAAAAAGAGGGUGUCUUGUCCUGCUCCUGAAAUCUGCUCCUGCAUUCAUCCCAGUCAUCAGCAACAGAGCAUUGGGGUAGGUGCAUGUCUGACAUCAAUUUGUGUGCAAUUACAGAAAAUGUUAUAUAACAUAAACAUACUGUUGACAAGUAGGCUAUGGUGUAAUGGAAGGUUUUGCCUUACAGUGGGGAAAAAAAGUAUUUAGUCAGCCACCAAUUGUGCAAGUUCUCCCACUUAAAAAGAUGAGAGAGGCCUGUAAUUUUCAUCAUAGGUACACGUCAACUAUGACAGACAAAAUGAGGAAAACAAAUCCAGAAAAUCACAUUGUAGGAUUUUUAAUGAAUUUAUUUGCAAAUUAUGGUGGAAAAUAAGUAUUUGGUCAAUAACAAAAGUUUCUCAAUACUUUGUUAUAUACCCUUUGUUGGCAAUGACACAGGUCAAACGUUUUCUGUAAGUCUUCACAAGGUUUUCACACACUGUUGCUGGUAUUUUGGCCCAUUCCUCCAUGCAGAUCUCCUCUAGAGCAGUGAUGUUUUGGGGCUGUCGCUGGGCAACACAGACUUUCAACUCCCUCCAAAGAUUUUCUAUGGGGUUGAGAUCUGGAGACUGGCUAGGCCACUCCAGGACCUUGAAAUGCUUCUUACGAAGCCAAUCCUUCGUUGCCCGGGCGGUGUGUUUGGGAUCAUUGUCAUGCUGAAAGACCCAGCCACGUUUCAUUUUCAAUGCCCUUGCUGAUGGAAGGAGGUUUUCACUCAAAAUCUCACGAUACAUGGCCCCAUUCAUUCUUUCCUUUACACGGAUCAGUCGUCCUGGUCCCUUUGCAGAAAAACAGCCCCAAAGCAUGAUGUUUCCACCCCCAUGCUUCACAGUAGGUAUGGUGUUCUUUGGAUGCAACUCAGCAUUCGACGAGUUGAGUUUUUACCAAAAAGUUAUAUUUUGGUUUCAUCUGACCAUAUGACAUUCUCCCAAUCUUCUUCUGGAUCAUCCAAAUGCACUCUAGCAAACUUCAGACGGGCCUGGACAUGUACUGGCUUAAGCAGGGGGACACGUCUGGCACUGCAGGAUUUGAGUCCCUGGCGGCGUAGUGUGUUACUGAUGGUAGGCUUUGUUACUUUGGUCCCAUCUCUCUGCAGGUCAUUCACUAGGUCCCCCCGUGUGGUUCUGGGAUUUUUCUUGUGAUCAUUUUGACCCCACGGGGUGAGAUCUUGCGUGGAGCCCCAGAUCGAGGGAGAUUAUCAGUGGUCUUGUAUGUCUUCCAUUUCCUAAUAAUUGCUCCCACAGUUGAUUUCUUCAAACCAAGCUGCUUAGCUAUUGCAGAUUCAGUCUUCCCAGCCUGGUGCAGGUCUACAAUUUUGUUUCUGGUGUCCUUUGACAGCUCUUUGGUCUUGGCCAUAGUGGAGUUUGGAGUGUGACUGUUUGAGGUUGUGGACAGGUGUCUUUUAUACUGAUAACAAGUUCAAACAGGUGCCAUUAAUACAGGUAACGAGUGGAGGACAGAGGAGCCUCUUAAAGAAGAAGUUACAGGUCUGUGAGAGCCAGAAAUCUUGCUUGUUUGUAGGUGACCAAAUACUUAUUUUCCACCAUAAUUUGCAAAUAAAUUCAUUAAAAAUCCUACAAUGUGAUUUUCUGGAUUUGUUUUCCUCAUUUUGUCUGUCAUAGUUGACGUGUACCUAUGAUGAAAAUUACAGGCCUCUCUCAUCUGUUUAAGUGGGAGAACUUGCACAAUUGGUGGCUGACUAAAUACUUUUUUUCCCCCACUGUAUGUGGUAGGUUUUGUGGGUUUUGACACUCUUAUGUAGGUGUCAUAACCAGCCAUAAAAUAACUACCUGGUAGGUUUUGUGGGUUUUGACACUCUUACUGUAUGUAGGUGUCAUAACCAGCCUUAAAAUAAUGCAAUAUAUGUCACAACAGGUCUAAAUAUAUGUGUCAUGACCAUAUUAUGACAGGUUAUGGCAAGUUAUGUCCGCUGUUAUGACAUAUUAUGACAUGGUUAUGUUAUGACGCUGGGUGUCAAGUAAAGUGUUACCGCAGUUUCUUUCUGUUGAAUGAGCAUGUCAUUUUCAAACAUGAAAAGUUCUUAGUCAGAAUAAUCUCAGCAAGUUGAAAAAUACAUUUUACAGAUGCUCUUAUCCAGAGUGACUGAUUUUUCACGUAGUAGGCUCUGGGAUUCGAACCAGCGACCUUUUGGUUACUGGCCCAGUGCUCUUAACCGCUAGGCUACCUGCUGCCCCAAUAGAGUAUAGUACGGCUAAAAUACAAUACAGUUAGUGCUAGGGAGUGUACCAGUGGGUCGUUGACUAAGAUAGUGUGCCAUAGCUUCUAGGCCUACCGGGCGGGGGAUGUUUGUUUACAGGGAUUCAACAUCUAAGCAAGCCAUAAUCAUCUCCCCAUCAAUAUUGUCCAAUGUCUUAAGGGUGUUAAUCAUGUCCAUAGAAUAGCGUACAUAUGCAGGGGUGACACCACACUGGGUUUUAGAAAGAAAUCUACAAAGCAGAAUCUUUUCAGUCAAUGAGCCAAUGGAGGCCACAGUAGAUCUCCCUGGUGGCUUAUCCAAUAAUUUGUGAAUUUUUGGUAAGGCAUGGAUAACGCUUGUGAUUGGAUUGUCUACUUUCAUGAACUCAUAUUAUUUUUGCGUAAUGUCUCCACUUUCAUCAAGAGACUUCAACUUGCAGUGAAUCUCAUAUUUGAACAGGUGUGUGUCACGUGACAGUUUCUGAUAGAAAGUGGUGUUGUUCAAUUGUCCCCGGAUCUCAUUCACAUAAUCAUCACGGUUUACCAACACCACAGGCCCGCCCUUAUCAGCAUUACACACUAUCAGAGUGGAGUGAUUUUUUUUAUUCAUCCAAUGCUUGUCUCUGUUCUUUGGGGACAUUAUUGUAGACUCGUUUUUUAUUCCGAAUCUGAGACCUCUUUUUCCACCAAUCUGCAGUACAUUUAAAAGCUCUAAUUUCUGCUUCAUGGGAAGUGACAUUUCUUCUCAGGUUGUAUAUGUAGCAGAGUAAUCCUGAUCGCCUCCAUAGCUCUACAUGAUGGAUGUGUUCUAUUGUGUAAUCGGUAUGAGUCUCUUAAACACACUAUAGUAAGUUGACAACCAGUGUUUGGUCCCUGUGUUUACCGUGUUGCCAUAACCACUGCCACGGUAUGGUCUCCUCAACUCGUUCCCAGGAGGGUUCACUUUCACUUUCAAUCUCAACCCAAAUAAUCAUCAUAACCCACAAAGAAUUUCCUCAGCUGAUCCAGCACGGGAAUCACGCCACAUAAGGCUUGGUGGUCUGUUACUAAACCACUAUAAAGUGCUGGAGACCUAUUUGAAUGGAUACUUACACCAUGGCCUCACUUUCUUUUGGAAUUAUUGUGUUGGUCACAUCAUCAUGGUGUGAGCAGUAGACCUAGGUGCUGACAGUUCUGCAUCAUAGCGUACACAUUACACAGUUGCGUCAUCAUCAACUCCUUCAUAUGUUUUUCCUGAACAUGUGACUUGAACUGGGAAAAUUCUAGGUCUUAGUUGCAGUAUGGCCUAUAACUAGGGCCUUGUUUUUCCUGGUCAGAUGUUCAAAAUCACUCAUGGUCCUAGUUAUACAAAAUCUAUUUUGUGUUGAUGGAAGAGAUGUGUUCUUACACAAGACCAUGCCUCCUGGGCCUCUGUUGAGACUCAUCUGAGGUGUGAGAUGGUGCCAUAAACAGGUCCUAGUGGUGACCAAGACUUUCUCCUCCAGGGAAAGUGCUGCUUGCUCUCUGUCAGAAGACAUAUUCUUUGUGUGUUCCUCUUGGUCCUGAGCCUAAAAGGAGCUAGGGCGAGUCUUUGGGAACACAAUGUUACCCACUUUCUCAUGCCAGAUCUCCUCACUGUCUCCCCAAAGAGAAACGCAAAGGGUACUUAAUCUUGUCACCCUCUUCUCUCACUUGACUAGACCAAAGAAAGCAGCUGUCAUUGUGUACACUUCGUCUCUACUGUACUAUCAGUGAUGCAUACUUUAUGCAUCACUAGCAAGAUUGAGUAUGCAUCACACUGUGUGCUCAAGUCCUCAUAUGCAAUCUACAAUAUGUCAGUCUGGCCCAGCUAAAGCCUCAGGUCACUUGGAAGGUCAGUUAAGAUGGAUCAGCCAUGUCCUAGUCAUUCCUGUCUGUCCUCUGUAGUGGCAUGUUGUACCUAGUCAGUCAGUACCUCCUGGUUGGGAAUGCUGUGUGAGUGUUCUGGAACAUACUAUCUGGAAUCUCCAGUGAAAACAAUGUAGGAACAGAACACAGGCUGUUUCUGAUUAACAUUCUGAGUGCAGAGAGAGCACAACACAAUACAGUUGGAACGCUGAAACACUAGAAGCUGCUCUAAAUUCCCAGCAUACUUCUGCUGUGUGCUUUACUUUAGGCCAGGAAUUAUCCUCUAGUUUUCAAUUAAAAUGGUAAAAAAUAAACCAAAAUAGCUUCUUAGCAAAGAGCAAUUUCUCAAGCAAUAAUUUUGCUAGGACUGCCUGGGAGUGGUCUGAGUGGGGAGGGGAAAACUGAAAACUAGCUGUUGGCAGAGUGGUUUGGAACUCUCGUUCUCGUUGGUCUAUUAACUAAUAUACUGCCUGAUGAUGUCACCAGGCAGGCCAAGACUCCAUCCCUCCAAAACAAGCUGAAAUUUCAUGUGAUCUUUUCAAACCGCUCUUCCACUAAAAGGCAUUAUCAUCAUUGUCACAAUUUCACAAUUAUUACAACUUCAUAGUGUGGAAAUAUAUAAAACACAGGAAAAUCACAUUUUUGACUGCACUGGGCCUUUAAUGAGUUUCAGUGGACUGGUCUUUUUCAUACAGCGUAAUUUUUCUGGGUCGUCUUUGUUUAUGUAGAGUGUUAUUCUUCACUGUGCUAGAUUGAAAUAUUUUGAUGUUGCAUAACCCCAUAGCAACAGUUAGCAAAAUGGCACCUCGUGCUGUUACCAGGCUUCACUCGAUUGGGAACUUUGUGUGUAGCAGUAGGUUUCUUUUUACCUUGUUCUGUCACCCAUUCACAUCACCGUAUCUAAAUGUAUAACCCCCAUAUGAGCACCAUCACUUUCCAACAAAUCAGUUCUGAUACACAAAGCAGUUUGCAAGAUCAGCUCAAUUCCCUCCUUUCCUCUGUCCAUGGACUAAGUUUGGAUGGUCCUACGUCAGAACAUUAGAUAAUUGUUUAACCUUCAGACAGAUCAUUGUCCUCUGUAGUGGAAAGUAUUCAGAUCCCCUGUCUUGCCAAUAAGUCAACCCUGUGUCAUGUUCCCAAUGUGAUAUACCGACUAUAAAUAGCUUUGCAGGGGGAAAUAUAGUCAUGAAUAAUCUGCUUCACUGUGUGUGUUUGUGUGCAUAUCUUUAUCAUUCUGCAGUCAGAAUGUAUAUAACUAUGAUAUUAUGGGAUUCUGUGGUGUUUCUAGAGGUUGUAUGAGUCAUAUGCAUUCAUUUUCCCUACUCUUAAAGUAAUAUGACACAUCACACUACGGUAGAGAAUGUCUAAUACAUUCUACGGUAAUGUCUCAGUAUUUAGGGACUUUGCUUUGAAAUACGGUAACAGUCAGUAACUGCUUUCUAAUAUGGUAACAGCCAGUAACUGCUUUGAAAUACGGUAACAGUCAGUAACUGCUUUGAAAUAUGGUAACAGUCAGUAACUGCUUUGAAAUACGGUAACAGUCAGUCAAUGUGAAAUACAAUAUGCCUCAGGCUAAUGCCAGUCUUCACUAUCACUGGAGGAGAAAAUGUGUGAUGUUGAACUACUACAGUAAUGUUUCUGCGAUGUCAUUGCCAUUUCCUCAAUGUCUUUUCUAUUGCCUUGGAUAAGAGCAGCUGUGGUGCAUCAUCACCUAGAUAUGCCUCUGGAAGCUGCUCCAGACAAGUAAUGGGCCUCACUCACUCCCAUCCUGUCCCUCCUGCUCAUCCACUCUAACAUCAGCCCUAUGCCAUGUCCUUCCUGCCGUAUAAUCUAACACCCUCUUUCCCAAUCACUUUCCUGACAUCAGGGCCGGCCCUAGGCAUAAGCGACAUAAGCGACUGCUUAGGGCCCUGCGGACACUAGGCCCCCCCCAAUUUUAUAAAAAAUAUAUACACUACCGGUCAAAAGUUUUAGAACACCUAAUUAUUCAAGGAUUUUUCUUAAUUUUUUACUAUUUUCUACAUUGUAGAUGUCACGCCCUGACUCAGGGGACUCGUAUAUGUUGAGUCAGGGUGUGUAUAUUCUUUGUUAUGUAGUAUUUUCUAUGUGGGAUCUAGUAUGUUUAGUUCUAUGUUGGCCGGUGUGGUUCCCAAUCAGAGGCAGCUGUCGCUCGUUGUCUCUGAUUGGGGACCAUACUUAGGCAGCCUAUUGGCACUAUUGAGUUGUGGGAUCUUGUUCCUUGUAAGGUAUGUUGUGUGUGCUACCUUGGACUUCACGUUUCGUUUCGUUUAUUGUUUUGUCAAGUGUUUAUUACGUUAAUAGUCAUGUACGUAUAUCACGCUGCGCCUUGGUCUGUCCCGUCAUUCAACGAACGUGACAGUAGAAUAAUAGUGAAGACAUCAAAACUAUAAUAUAACACAUAUGGAAUCAUGUAGUAACCAGAAAAGUGUUAAACAAAUCAAAAUAUAUUUUAUAUUUCACAUUCUUCAACUAGCCACCCUUUGCCUUGAUGACAGCUUUGCACACUCUUGGCAUUCUCUCAACCAGCUUCACCUGGAAUGCAUUUCCAACAGUCUUCAAGGAGUUCCCACAUAUUCUGAGCACUUGUUGGCUGCUUUUCCUUCACUCUGCGGUCCGACUCAUCCCAAACCAUCUCAAUUGUGGAGGCCAGGUCAUCUGAUGCAGCACUCCAUCACUCUCCUUCUUGGUAAAAUAGCCCUUACACAGCCUGGAGGUGUGUUGGGUCAUUGUCCUGUUGAAAAACAAAUGAUAGUCCCAUUAAGCCCAAACCAGAUGAGAUGGCGUAUCGCUGCAGAAUGCUGUGGUAGCCAUGCUGGUUAAGUGUGCGAACCCGAACUGACACUCGAAUGGAGACAGUCCAGUGGACGAGUUCGGCAGUGUGUUGUGAGCAUAUUCGGCCCAGAAGAGGAACUUGCUCCAGUUGGUGGCCUGAGUCGAGACAAAGAGGAGGAACAUCUCCAGCUCCUGGUUGACCUGCUCAGUCUGCCCAUUCGACUGUGGGUAGAACCCAGUGGAGAGACUCACCGAUGCCCCCAACAGGGAGCAGAAGGCUUUCCAAUACUGCGUGACGAGCUGGGGGCCACGGUCCGAGACAAUGACCUGGGAGAGUCCGUGUAGUCGAAAGACAUGGUUAAUCAUGAAGUCGGCUGUCUCCUUGGCCGAGGGCAACUUGGGUAGGGCGAUGAAAUGGGCUGCCUUGGAGAAGCGAUCGACGACCACCAGGAUAGUGGUAAUCCAAUGAUGAAGUCUAGGGACAGGUGGGAGCAGGGCUGAUUGGGGAUGGACAGAGGUUGGAGCAACCCAGCCGGUCGCUGUCAUGAGGACUUGCUUUGGACACAGGUGGAGCAGGCCGUAACGAAGGAUCGCACAGCCUCAAUCAUGUUGUUCCACCAGAAUUUCCCCUGGAUGCCCAAUUAAUUUAGAGGAGUGUCCCCAUUGUAGUACUCGAGAAUGGGCUGAGCAUGGAACAUAAAGUCUGUUAGUGGGACCCCCGCUGGGGUCAGGUUCUCGGGUCUGGGAUUGUCGGACCGUGGUCUCAAUACUCCAUACCACGGGGGCCACAAUGUGGCUUGUGCGAAGUUGAAUCUGUUAAAAAACAGAGCCCACCUAGCCUGGCGAGCGUUCAACCUCUUGGCUUCUUGGAUGGAGACCAGGUUCUUGUGGUCCGUCCAGAUCACGAAGGGAUGAGGUGCCCCCUACAACCAGUGUCUCCACUCCUCAAGGGCCCACUUAACUGCCAAGAGCUCCCGGUUGCCUACAUCGUAGUUGCGUUCCGCUGGCGAGAACCGCUUGGAGAAAAAGGCACGUGGGGCAGUUUCUUGUCCCCCUCAUUCUGCUGUGAAAGGACCGCCCCUGCUCCAGUAUCCAAGGCGUCCACCUCUACCAUGAGGGGACGAGCAGGGUCAGGAUGAGCGAGGUUGGGUCCGGAGGUGAAACGUACCUUGAACUCCCCGAAUGCCCUGUCAGCCUCAGGGGUCCAGCAAAAACGGGUCUGAGAUAAUGUGGCCCAGGAAGGAGACUUGGGAAACAUGGAACUCACACUUCUCUAUUUUGAUGUAUAGCUGACUCUGCAGGAGGCGUCUCAGGACUUGGCGGACGUGCAGGAUGUGUUCUGGAAGGGUCUUGGAGAAGAUCAGGAUGUCAUCAAGGUUAACAAAGACGAAACGAUUCAACGUGUCCCUAAGAGUGUCAAUGACCAAUGCUUGGAAGACUGCUGGUGAGUUCGAUAAUCCGAAUGGCAUGACUAAAUAUUCAUAGUGGCCACUAGGGGUGUUAAAUGCAGUUUUCCAUUCAUCUCCCUCCCUGAUUCUCACCAGAUUGUAAGCGGUCCAGUUUGGUGAAGAAUCGGGCCCCUUGGGCCAGCUCCAAGGCAGAGGACAUCAGGGGUAGGGGGUAACAAUUCUUAAUCGUAAUCCUGUUCAACCCUUGGUAAUCGAUGCAGGGACGCAGACCCCCAUCCUUCUUUCCCACGAAGAAGAAGCUUGCGCAGGCUGGGGAAGUUGAGGAACAAAUUAAGCCUGCCGCCAGCGACUCCCGGAUGUAGUCGUCCAUGGCUGCUACUAAGGGGGGCCGAGAGGGAGUAAAGACGGCCCCGGGGAGGGGUGGAGCCGGGUAGGAGCACAGUCGUAUGGACAAUGAGGAGGGAGGGUGGCGGCUUGCCUCUUACUGAAGUCUUCUCGGAGGUCGAAGUAUUCGGGAGGGAGAGCAGAGAAGUCUUGGGCUUCAGUGGAUGCAGGGGGGCGCGGCGAGGCUCUUGGAGUUAUUUCCCCAGUUUAGUAGAUGUCCCGUGGACCAGGAGAAUAGUGGGUUAUGUUGCGCUAACCAGGGGUACCCUAGGAUAAGGGGGUUCUCGGGAGCAGUGAUCAAAAGAAAGCUAAGAGUCUCUGGGUGGUUCACCCCGACCUGCAGUUGAAUGGGCUUGGUCUGAUAUUCCACCUGGCCAAAGCCGAUGGGGCAUCCAUCAAGGGCUUGAAUCUGCAGAGGGAUGGGGCAUUUCACGCAGGGGUUUGUAAUUAUCUGGUGAGGUCCUGAUCUAUGAAAUUAUCCGCGGCCCCGGAGUCCACAAAGGCUUGAAUUUGGUUGUCCCAGUGGUGUGUCGCGGGUAGUGACAGAUGGUGACUGGGUAGCCUGGGAGUCACUGCGCAGCUCGUCAGAGCCCCAGCGUUUCCCGUCAGCUCUGGACAUGUAGAACGGAGAUGGCCGAGACCUCCACAGUAGAGGCAGCAGCCUUUGCGCAUGCACCUAUCGCGUUCCUGUGGGCUCAGACGUGUGCGUCCCAGCUGCAUGGGCUUCUUAGUGCUUGGCUCGGGGGGCUUGGGGUACUCGGGAAGCUGGGAUACUGGGGUGGUGUCAAAGGGGCGCUGUCUCACUCGUUCUCGGAUGCAGUUUUUGAUCUUGAUUUCCAGCGUUAUCAGGGACUUGAGGUCCUCUCCCAGGUCCCGAGAGGCCAGUUCAUCCUUGAUAGAGUUAGACAGACCCUGGUGAAAGGCGGUGACCAGUGCCUCUGUAUUCCACCCACUUUUGGCGGUGAGGAUGUGGAAAUCAAUGGCAAAGUCGGCCACUUGUCUGGCCCCUUGGCGGAGGUUGAAAAGCCGGAUCAACGCUUCUCGUCCGCUGACUGGGUGGUCAAAGACUCAUCACAACUCUGAAGUAAAGGCUGAUAUGGAGCUGCAGGAUAGUGGCUGCUGUUCCCAAACCGCCGUUGCCCACGGCAGGGUUUUGCCCAAGAGUAGAGAGAUGAUGUAGGCGAUCUUGGCCUGAUCGGUGUAGAAUGAGGAGGGCUGUAGCUCGAAAACCAGAGAGCACUAAGUGAGGAACCCCUUGCAUCUUCCCGGGUGGCCGUCAUACCGCUCGAGGGCUGGGAUCUUGGGUUCCCGGUGCAGGUUCACUUGGGGAUCUACGGCGACAACUGGAGCACUGGGCGCUGAGACUUGGGCAGUGGCUCCUCCUGGGUUGGGGGUCUGCAGUGGUUGGAGGGAGUCUGUAAGUGCCCGGAGAGUCUCUGAUAUUUGGGAGAGUUGUUCUUGCUGCUGCCCCAGCAGGGGUCCUUGGUGGGUUAUAACGUUCUUGAUCUGGUCAAUCUCUGCUGGGUCCAUGUUGGGGGCAGAAGCUUGCUGUGACGUGGUGAGGUAGGAUCCAGGAGUAGAGAAGAGAACCAGACGAGGAACCAAUAAACGUAAAUACUUUACUAGGAAAAAGUUCAACAGUAGAUACAAAGUAAAACCAGGGAAAACAACAAACACUAUGACUUGAUAACUCACUCAGGAGACAAACACACACAGCAAACAAAUCAAGCUUCUGCAAAGGGUAACAGAAAUCACACCUUUCUAAAAGGAAAUCAUAAUUACUAACUGAAAACACCUGUGUUAAUAUAGUCUCUAAGGCGGUCUCUGCCACUCUCUGGUGACAGGUGGAACCAUGACAGCCCCAUGGCAAAAUGUGUAGAAUUGCAGGAAAUUAGCUAUAAAACAGCAACAUUUUCUCUACGCCCCAUGGCAAAUUAUCUCCGCCAUCAAGAGGUGGGCCCCCAAAACAAUUUUUGCUUAGGGCCCCCAAAAGGCUAGGCUGACAUUAUUCAUCUUAGACACCCUUCACAAUGUUUGAUAUAUUGAUAUGGACUCACUCUCACUCACCAUUAGGGGGACAAGUGUCCUGAAAGCCUUCACUACUUAGCCUCUGCUCACAGCACACACACACUCACACACACACUCAUGACCCAUAUGAGCAGUGUCAGACCAAACACACACACACAGGCCCAUGCAGAUCACAUCAGGGCCUCAGCCUCAAUCUCUACCUCCCUCAGAAUUACCUUUUUUAGUAAUCUCUUCUCCUGAACAACGUGCAUUACUCCACCACUAAUGUGCCUGAGUGAGCCAUUUGCUUAACUAGGAGGUAUGCGCCCACCGGUACUUUGGUAAUGCAUCGAUCGGUCGGCUAGCGGGCGGGCGGGAGAGAAGGAGUAUUUUUAGAAAGCAAUGCCCCCUCUGUUCCAGCUCCAACAAAACCCUCCCUCUACUUUCCUCUCCUCACCUCACUGUCCAUGUUUGUAAAGGAAUGUCAUUUAUUCUCGAAAUACACUCACAAUGCCAUCUCGGUGGAACAGACUAAAGUACAACAGGCUAGGAGGUAUUUUAAUGGUAUUAGGCCUAUGUAAGAUAAAGCCCUAGUGAUAGAACAUAAACCUGACCCUGAGGGUGAUUGAUUGGUGGAUAAGGUUUAAUGUGUGAUGGGUUCCAUGCUAAGUCAGCUCAGAUCCACAUACUGCCCUGCUAACGCUGCUGCUGCUUUCCAUUCAAUUGCUGAUGGAGCACUCUCCUGCUCUUGUGUGGUGUGGGCCUGUCUGAGGCUCUAGACUACUGGAGAUAGAUAAAUCAUCUGAGCUGGAAUGUUAUCGUACACAGAGGGAACCCAGUCUCAUGUUCAUGAGUUGUACGGGACAUUGUCUGCUUUUGCCUUAGCUCUGGCUAGAAGUUGCUUCUAGGUACAGAUCUAGGAUCAGUUUGCCUCCCCAAUCCUGACCGUAGACCAUUAGGGAGAAGAAUGCAAAAGGGACCUCUUAUCAGUGUCUAGGGGGCAACAUCAUCCUACUGGUCUGGCGUAUUGGAAGGCAGAAGGACAUGCUCCCAAGGUGAAACUUUGAACACACUUCUUAAGCAGAGCAGCAAUCUUUGCAUUAAUUCACACAACGCCGACAACGCAGAGGGAAACUUUGUGUAAAUGUGCUGAUCCAAGGCACCUGGAGUGAGCCAGAGCCUCAUCUACUAGACAGAGCUGUAUUCUACACCCCCCUCACCUGUCAGAGGGGGGUAAUACAGCAACCUGAACUGAUCUGUCACCACUCAUCUCCACCCCCCAGGCAGACACACACCAGUCCCAGCUGUCAGCUGCCAGGACACACACAAACACACACACACACUCCGCAUCGGGAGCCUGCUACUAGCCACCGAUCUCACACAUACACUGACAUGAAACAAGCUCUGAGACACAUUUACCAGAUUGGAAAGUGACUGUCUGAAUGAUCUUCCUGUCUCUACAGACAAGCUCCACCAAGAAAGGUCAUAUUGUCAUCUGUCAACGGCUCUGACAUAUCAAGCUGCCAGUACGCUCUCUUUGUCAGAGACGACUAUUGUAUCUGACUUACACAAUGUGUUGUGAAUAUAUGUUUUGAUGGGAGUGAGAUAUGACAUCAUGGAACUAAACGUUUGGACUAGUUUUAACAGACAUCUUGUAAACAAUGUUAUGUGGUCAGAUUGUUUAUUUGAUGGAGCACUGCUGAAUCAAACAUUCUUCCUUGGCACAGAAUGUAUAAACCGACUAACAAAUUAUCCAUUGAAUUGAAUGUACAUUGCUUGAACAUGCUCUCCCUAACCUGGCAAUGCAGUCUCACUAUUGCUGAUCCUACAAAGGAGGAUAUAGUGGCUGUCUUUAAACAAGAGAGAGAGAGAAAUGAAAUGGGGUGGCUCAUUUAGAAGCUGCUAGAACAGCACCAUGUGGAAAGAGGGAGGGAGGGAAAUAGGCCAUGUACUCUGCUACGCUCUCUCUUUAAGGCUGUAUUUAAAGCCUGCUUGUUAUGAUGGAAGAACGUCUAAUUUGGGAGAAGUACCUGUCAUAUAACUUAACUGAGAUGGGAGAUUUCCAUUCCGGUUUAGCAUCUGAAUUCAUAGAAUUCAGUGUUUGACACAAUCAUCUAUAUUGUCCACUUGUCCUGUGAAUUACCUGGUCUGGCCAUGCGCUGGCCAUACCCUAUGAACUCUAUCUGCUGGGGUCAUCCUGGGGUCAUGAGGUGGGGCCAUAGAGGAUAGACAGCUCUCUAGAACAUAGCUACAGUAACAGAGUUGUUGUGUCAGAGAUCAGGCUAUAGAGCCCAGAGGAUGUGGGAGACCUUCCCAGAACUGACCGUGGCCCCCUAGUCUGAGGAAAUGACUACCUCUUCCUCUUUCUUUCCUUUCGUCUCCCACAAUCCCUCUUUCACCCCCACUCUAGCCUCAACCAAUCAGGGGGAGAGAGAGGAGGAGAGAGAGGAGAGAGGGAGGAGAGAGAGAGGAGGGAGAGAGAGGAGAGAGAGAAAGAAAAAAGGAUGAGAGAGAAGAGUAGAGAGAGAUGAUAAGCUAAAACUUGAACGAAAAACAAUAGAGCGAGACGAUGCCCUACACGGCGAGAGAGGAGGUAGCUGAGGGGGAGAGAGCGAGUGGCGCGAGGAGAGGAGAGAAAGAGAAGAGAGAGAGCGAGGGAGGGAGAAGGAGAGAAAGGUAGAGGGAGAGGAGAGAGGAGAAAGAUAGAGAGAGGAGGAGAGAGAGAGGAUAGGAGAGAGAGAGACGAGAUAGUAUCGCGUUGCUGAGAUCUACUCUCGGCGACUAUGAGACUGAGAUUUAUCUCUAGUUAUCUCUCUCUCAUGAUCUAUCUCUCCUAUCUCCUCUCUCGCUCUCUAUCUCUCUCUCUCUCUACUCUCGCUCUCUUUCUCGCUCUCUCUGUCCUCUCUCUUUCCUUGCUCUAUGGAGCCCAGGGCAGGUCUGGGAUAUGAGAUGAUCCUCAGAUUAGACACCCUCAUUAGCUUGCUCCCAGUAGGAAAUGAAUGCUAAGAGAGUGGCUAGGCUAGAUCCCAAAACCACACACACAAGAACAGACACACACAGACAACACAAACACACACAGAAACACAACCACACACAGCACACACACACACACAGACACACACACACACACAACACACAACACACACACAACACACACACACACACACACACAACACAGACACACACACACACACACACACACACAGACACACACACACACACACACACACACACACAGACACCCACACACACACCACACACACACACACACACACACACAGACACACACACACAGACACACACACAGACACCCCACACACACACACACACACACACACACACACAGACACACACACACACACACACACACACACACACAGACACACACACACACACCCCCACUAAUGAGCUCAACCGCACUAAUGAUAACAAAUCAUCUAUAAAUAGGCUGAAUGAGUGACAGAGUGAAGUGCCACUCAACAUGACCUUUCUGUGGUGACACCUCACCUUGAGGAACACAUAGAUCUAUCAAGACUAGAGGAAACCAACAGCACUAAGGAGGACAGGACAGACAGCUCCUUAUCUCUCUCUCUCUCCAUCUCUCCUCUGGCCGGGUUUAAUGAAUGGGAGGUUUAUUGGUUAGGCAACAGAAAACAUAGUCUUGUCUACACCCAGUAAAACAAUAGAGAGACCUGCAGCAUCCUCUGUGCAUGAUAAACAGCUUAUUAACUGGAGAAAGGAUUCUGUGUGUGCUGGAGGAGGCUGCAGGGAACCUCACCCCAGACUCUGCUUAAUGUCUCUUUCUCCCUCAGAGCCUCCCUGUAUUAUUCAUGCUUUGGCAUUUACCACCUGAAACCAUAUUAUGCACAACUUCAUCUGGUUUGUUUUUGUCUCUUGGCUUGGUUCAGGAGAUGUUCGAGGCCCUGUUCCUGGCCUACGAUGAACGGGUGACGUUUCAGCUGUUCAAGAGCUUCCGGCGUGUCCGCAUCAACUUCAGCAACCCCAAAGCAGCCGCCAGCGCCAGGAUAGAGCUGCACGAAACGCCCUUCAGGGGCAAGAAGCUCAAACUCUACUUCGCCCAGGUCAGUAGCUAUACAGUACAACAAGCAGGACUGACUGCCAACAGACUGGGACUUUGAUUUACCCCUUAUGUUAGUUCUGUUGCUUAUUUCUGGAAGGAAAGGACACAUUAAAGUGAUGCUCCAGAGCUUUUGUAUAUUUUCAGCCAGUAGUUUUGAAAGUAGUGCAAACGAGCCAAAACCGGUCCCCGAAAAUGUUGCACAAAUGUGUACUACGUCAUCCAUUUCAUAUGAUAUGUUACAUCCUGCAAUUAUUUUUAUAUACAGUUGAAGUCGGAAGUUUACAUACACCUUAGCCAAAUACAUUUAAACUCAGUUUAUCACAAUUCCUGACAUUUAAUCCUAGUAAAAAUGUCCUGUCUUUGGUCAGUUAGGAUCACCACUUUAUUUUAUGAAUGUGAAAUGUCAGAAUAAUAGUAGAGAGAAUGAUUUAUUUCAGCUUUUAUUUCUUUCAUCACAUUCCCAGUGGGUCAGAAGUUUACAUACACUCAAUUAGUACUUGGUAGCAUUGCCUUUAAAUUGUUUAACUUGGGUCAAACGUUUUGGGUAGCCUUCCACAAGCUUCCCACAAUAAGUUGGGUGGAUUUUGGCCCAUUCCUCCUGACAGAGCUGGUGUAACUGAGUCAGGUUUGUAGGCCUCCUUGCUCACACAUGCUUUUUCAGUUCUGCCCACAAAUGUUCUAUAGGAUUGAGGUCAGGGCUUUGUGAUGGCCACUCCAAUACCCUGACUUUAUUGUCCUUAAGCCAUUUUGCCACAACUUUGGAAGUAUGCUUUGGGUCAUUUGUGACCAAGCUUUAACUUCCUGACUGAUGUCUUGAGAUGUUGCUUCAAUAUAUCCACAUAAUUUUCCUUUCCUCAUGAUGCCAUCUAUUUUGUGAAGUGCACCAGUCCCUCCUGCAGCAAAGCACGCCCACAGCAUGAUGCUGCCACCCCCGUGCUUCACGGUUGGGAUGGUGUUCUUCCGCUUGCAAGCAUCCCCCUUUUUCCUCCAAACAUAACGAUGGUCAUUAUGGCCAAACAGUUCUAUUUUUGUUUCAUCAGACCAGAGGACAUUUCUCCAAAAAGUACGAUCUUUGUCCCCAUGUGCAGUUGCGAACCAUAGUCUGGCUUUUUAAUGGCAGUUUUGGAGCAGUGGCUUCUUCCUUGCUGAGCGGCCUUUCACUUUAUGUCAAUAUAGGACUUGUUUUACUGUGGAUAUAGAUACUUUUGUACCUGUUUCAUUCAGCAUCCUCACAAGGUCCUUUGCUGUUGUUCUGGGAUUGAUUUGCACUUUUCGCACCAAAGUACAUCUCUAGGAGACAGAACGCGUCUCCUUCCUGAGCGGUAUGACGGCUGUGUGGUCCCAUGGUGUUUAUACUUGCGUACUAUUGUGUGUACAGAUGAACGUGGUACCUUCAGGCGUUUGGAAAUUGUUCCCAAGGAUAAACCAGACUUGUGGAGGUCUACAAUUUAUUUUCUGAGGUCUUGGCUGAUUUCUUUAGAUUUUCCCAUGAUGUCAAGCAAAGAGGCACUGAGUUUGAAGGUAGGCCUUGAAAUACAUCCACAGGUACACCUCCAAUUGACUCAAAUGAUGUCAAUUAGCCUUUAGAAGCUUCUAAAGCCAUGACAUCAUUUUCUGGAAUUUUCCAAGCUGUUGAAAGGCACAGUCAACUUAGUGUAUAUAAACUUCUGACCCACUGGAAUUGUGAUACAGUGAAUUAUAAGUGAAAUAAUCUGUCUGUAAACAAUUGUUGGAAAAAUUACUUGUGUCAUGCACAAAGUAGAUGUCCUAACUGACUUGCCAAAACGAUACUUUGUUAACAAGAAAUGUGUGGAGUGGUUGAAAAACGAGUUUUAAUGACUCCAACCUAAGUGUAUGUAAACAUCCGACUGUGUGUUACAAAUUAGUAAGUGCUUAAGAUCUCGGGCUGCAUCUUUAAGACACUAGCUUUAGUUAUGGUUUAUAGUUCAGGGGAAAACUGGGUUUAUGGAAAAUAGUCUCAUGUUUACAUUUUGUCACCGAUGCAGUGUGACUAACACUGAAAGUCUCUCCAGGGUGUGUGUGUGUGUGUGUGUGUGUGUGUGUGUGUGUGUGUGUGUGUGUGUGUGUGUGUGUGUGUGUGUGUGUGUGUGUGUGUGUGUGCGAGUGCCCUUCUCCUUGCAGAAGCAGCGUGUGAUUGCUCCACAUUAGCCAGUAGGCCUGUCUAAUUCCUCUCCCAAAGGAUAUCAGGGUCACAAAUAUUCCGCUGAGGCAGAGAGAGAGAGAUUAAGUCCAUGAGUUAUACUCCUGUUAGAGAUGACAUAAUAUCUGCAGGACCAAAUGUUACACUGUGCUGUGCUGCCCGGAGGCUGGAGCACACAGACAGCACUCUGAUGAUCUACAUGUGAUCUGGACCUAUUAGCUAUUAGUCAAGAUGACCGUCCUGAUGGUGAUGAUGUGGGUCUGUAGCCCAGUAGACUAGUGUUGGUCCUGGGGAGCAGUGAGGUCUGUAGCCCAGUAGACUAGUGUUGGUCCUGGGGAGCAGUGAGGUCUGUAGCCCAGUAGACUAGUGUUGGUCCUGGGGAGCAGUGGAGAGGAACCCAUGACCCAGACACUGAUCGUUCCCAGUCAGUGUCCUUUAACCUCAGCUCUCUGGCUGGCUGAAUCCCUUGGAACUAAAAUGUGGAAUUAACUGACUGUCUGGAACUAACUGACCCACUAUGGGCGUUUUUUUUGUUUUUUUUAAGAGAAUCACUAAGAGACAUCUAAUUCAAACACAUUCACUAAUAUUUGGUCUCUCUCUCUCUCUCUCUCUCUCUCUCUCUCUCUCUCUCUAUCCCUCCCUCCCUCAGGUCCAAAACCAAGUAUCAGAAGGUGAUAACCUGCACCUGGCUCCUCCCCAGCCCUCUAAACAGUUCCUCAUCUCCCCUCCGGGCUCGCCGCCCAUUGGCUGGCAGCAGAUAGACGAGACCACGCCCGUCAUCAACUACGACCUGCUCUAUGCUGUGGCCAAGCUGGGCCCUGGUGAGUCAUACCACUAGUUACACAGUACAUGCUGUUUUUCAUUCAGAGCGACCGCUCUGUUUCAGUUUUCAGUUUCUCAGUCUCAGUGUUUCUCUCACACCUUUCUAUUGUUCUCUCUGUUUCAUUCUUUCAAUCAUUUCUCUCUCAUUCUCUUUCUCAUCUUUCUCUUACACACUCUUCUAUUGUCUCAUUCUCUUGCUUGCUAGCUCUUUGUCAAUCUCGCUCUCUCGUUCCCUCUCUCACAUCUCUCACUUCCUCUGUAAAUAUAUCCAGUGCUACGUGAUGCGUCAUGUAAUAUGACAUCCUAGAGCACCUCCCCUCGGUCAAGCAGGGCAUCAGGUCAAAUUCUUCUUGUUUUAAAGAUUCAUUUUGUCAUGUCACACCGGUCAGAACCUGUACCUUUAAAAGUUAUUAAUAUUCAUAGAAUACAUCCUCUGGUAUCAAUCACUGUGUGUUCUAUAAUCAGCCGUAAUGCAGACGUCUGUAUAGAACACAAGACCAUAGAGACACUCACAACAACGACUGAGACUAGAGGAGAAUUUCUAUUAGCUGAACCCAGUGUUGGGGAUAAUGCGUUACAAAGGUAUCAAGUAACAUAACGCGUUACUUUGAUUGAAGGUAACAAGUCAAAUGUAAUAUAUAACUAUUUUCAAGUAACGAAUCCCCACACUGGCUGAACCCCAGUUGACCUUCAGAUGCAGUAUAGAGACAUCAGGAAGUUUUACUCCCAUACAAUGUAAAGCCCUUUGUGUCCUUCAAUAUUCUUUACGAUCACAACAAGUGUAUCAACUCCUGUAUAUUUCCACUUCAGCGUAUAGGGAAGGUUGUGUUCUGGCGUUUAUGACGGUGUCAUGUCCAGAAGUCCAGUUAGUGUUUGUAGUGGACCACACACAUAGUCCAACAGAGUAGAUGACCGCCCGGGAGGUGACCGUCCAUUUCGUAGGAGGUCAGUCAGGUCACCCUCUCUACUCCCCAGCUGUUGGUCUGAUUACGUAGCCUACUGUUCCCAUUGGAAAUACGGUCCACUAGGUUUAUUACAGGCAACACGCUAUUUACACAUGCAUUUAAACUGAGGAAGGACAUUCCACACAAGGUUGUCUCACAUUAUAGUAUAGUCCCAAAGAGUUCAUCUAAAAUAACAAUGCUGAGUCCUGUAUUUAGAUCCAUGGACAUGUUUAGCUCUGUCUGUCACAGGCUAUGUAAUAUUACCUAGUAGGUUUCCUAUGAAAUGUAUUGAUUAAAAGUCAUUUCAAACACAAUAAAAUAUGACAGACGUUGAGAUGGAGCAACUUGUCAUGUCUGUAACAUCUCUCACCAGUUUAAGACAUGAGACAUCGCGUUUGAUUUAAUGAACAGCACUCCAGUCAGAAUGUAUCCUAUCCUCAUUCACUCCCUUCUGCUCCAGUCUGCCUCUGUUUUUCAUGCCAUCAGAGGGGCAGUGCUACUUCGCUAAAUUUUAAUUGCCGCCGACUUGAAAGAGCCGCGCGCCAAAGCAGUGCCACUCUCUUCACAAAGGUUCCGCUGCACGUCGUCAUGUCAACCAUGAAUAAUGCAUGAGGGUGAGAGACAUUGACGACCUGUCACUGCUGACUCCCUGUACACCAAUGGUUUAUUCAUCUCGGCUAUGAGAGGAAUAUCAACAAGUCUCUAUCUAAAACCCCCCCAACUCUCCUCUGGAAUUGAGUCACCUCAGCCACCAUGUCAUUUAGUCAGUCAGUCAGUCAGUCAGGAGAGAGUGACAACCACAAUUGUGUCUGGCUUGAUAAUGAUGGCUGUCUUUGAGUAAGAGGUUUAGUCCGAGCAAGUAGCGGAUUCAAAUGUAAAUCAGUUAGCUGUUAUGUCUUCUUGUUGUUUGAAAUAGACCUAAAUGGAGUGUCAAUCAUCUUUUUAUCAGGCUUUUUUUUUCAUCUCACUAAAUGCCUGAUACUAGAGUGCUUUUUGUCCAGCAGUAAGCCUAGGCCUACUCAAAAAGCCAAGUUUGGUGAAUACAUAGUGUCCAGUAGUUAAGCUUAGUACUGUGAAAGGUAGGCUACUACACUCUUACAAUGCUUCAUCUCAGUGUGUAUCUAAAUGUGCAGGGAUUAUAUUCCAUACAGCCAGAGUCAAGACCAUCUGCCUUCCUGGCGAGAGCCUCAUUUUCUUAUCAGAACAGCUGUUUCACAGAUUCUUGCCAUCCUGCUAAUUUUAGCUUGACUUUGCUUGAGCUGCCAAUCGCGCUGUUAACUCCCACAUAAAUAAACCCUUAGUCCCAGUCAAUGAUAUGAAGGGAGGGAGAGAGAGAGAGCACUUGCAGGUCCUCGCUAACUUCUCUCUUUCUCUCUCUCUCGCUCUAUCUCUCCCCCCUCUCUCUCUCUGCCCCACUGACACUACCUCAGGUCAAUGAAGGAGGCCAUUUUGAAAAGUGAAAUUGAAUGUCACGCACUCUGUCUGUCUGUCUGUCUGUCUGUCUGUCUGUCUGUCUGUCUGUCUGUCUGCCUAUCUCUUCUAUUUGUAGCUGCAGUGGAUGUUAAAAUGGCUCUGGGUGGUGGGAUGAGAUGUAGGAACAUUUAGAUUAUGCAACAGGGUUUGACAUUACUAACAAUCAGCUGUCAACCCCCUAGGGAACUGUAUCUCUCUCUCUCUCUCUCUCUCUCUCUCUCUCUCUCUCUCUCUCUCUCUCUCUCUCUCUCUCUCUCUCUCUCUCUCUCUCUCUCUCUCUCUCUCUUUUCUCUCUCUUUUCUCUCUCUUUCUCUCUCUCUCUCUUUCGCUCUAUUUCUCUUUCUCUCUCUUUCGCUCUCUUCUCUUUCUCAAUUUCAAUUCAAUUUCAAUUUAAGGGGCUUUAUUGGCAUGGGAAACAUAUGUUUACAUUGCCAAAGCAAGUUAAAUAGAUAAUAAACAAAUAUUGCUGCUGUGAUGGCAGACUGUGGUAUUUCACCCAAUAGAUAUGGGAGUUGAUCAAAAUUUGAUUUGUUUUCGAAUUCUUUGUGGGUCUGUGUAAUCUGAGGGAAAUAUGUGUCUCUAAUAUGGCCAUACAUUUGGCAGGAGAUUAGGAAGUGCAGCACAGUUUCCACCUCAUUUUGUGGGCAGUGUGCACAUAGCCUGUCUUCUCUUGAGAGCCAGGUCUGCCUAUGGCGGCCUUUCUCAAUAGCAAGGCAAUGCUCACUGAGUCUGUAUAUAGUGAAAGCUUUCCUUAAUUUUGGGUCAGUCACAGUGGUCAGGUAUUCUGCCACUGUGUACUCUCGGUUUAGGGCCAAAUAGCAUUCUAGUUUGCUCUGUUUUUUUGUUAAUUCUUUCCAAUGUGUCAAGUAAUUCUCUUUUUGUUUUCUCAUGAUUUGGUUGAGUCUAAUUGUGUUGCUGUCCUGGGGCUCUCUCUCUCUCUCUCCCCAAAUCCCAUCAAAACACAUCACGCUGAGAGUUCUCUCUCUCCCUCUCUUCCUUUAUUCUUCUCUCUCUCACUCUAUUUUCCCUCUCUCCGUCUAUCUUCCCUCUCUCUCUGUCCUUCUAUCCUCACUCUCGCUCCCUGAUCUGAUAAGCUGGGGUCAUCCCUAUACUGCAUGACUGCAUAGGCCCACGAACCAGAACAUAAUGUAAGCCUACAUACUCAUAUGACUCCUCAAGAUCAGUUGUAUUUGAAUAGAAUGAUCUUCCUGUAUCUAUCAAGAUAGACAUAUAGUAUACUUACUUCCUCUUAUAUUUACUGGAACACCAUUUCAUAUUCCUAUCGAGUUCCUGUUUGAGAUGAAGUGCAUCUAUUAUGAUGUGAUAGUAGUGGAUAGUGGUAGGUAGUGAUUCACCUAGUCUAAUGAAGCACGAGGCUCUCUGCACAAGAUAGUGAAAGUGAUCUUACCCAUCACUGUAACCAGGCUCAUUGUGUACGGGACAUUGUCUGGCUUCAUACUAUAUAAUAACUCUACAGAAGGUUAGAGUUGGGUCUAAGCAAAUCUCCCAUUCAUAGUCAUUAAUAGUGUAGGUACUUGCUAGUGGAGCCCCUGUCAGUAUGGGUCAGCCUGGGCUACGGGACGUCUCUCUGGAGCCGAGGGCUCUCUCUAGCUGGGUCUAAACCCGAGGACAGCCACAGCUGGUGGUUAACACCAUACACCAGCAACUUCGUGGCCUCAUUGCCCUCUAAGUCACUAUGGAUAGCAUCUAACUUUUACAAGCACAAAAAUAUCCCACUUGAAACUUUCCUUUACUAGUCAACCAACCAUGCAGGUCCCCUCACAAGCACCCAGUGAUACAUCUGGUGGAACCCACAAACAACCCACAAACAACCCACAAACAACCCACAAACCCUAUCAGUCCCUUUCACUGCUAACUACAUCACUGUAAGUGUAUACAGCACAUGAAAUGUCUCUCAAGUGACUGUAUUCUUUCCUCUGUUUAGGGACUAGAGUGGAUUGCAUAAGUGAUUCAUUUAAAGGAUAUUGCAUAAUUAUGGGAGUGGAGUGGAGCAGAGCAGAGCAGGAUCAAACUGGUCUUUACCCCCGUAUCACUGGCCUUUCAUUUAUACACUGACCUAGAGUCAGAAGUGGAGCAGAAGGCUGUAGUUAAAGAUUCUGGGGUCAGAGACUGACAUAAGGUCAGGGGAUAGUAGUGCUUGAAGAUGACUGUGUGAAAACAGUGUAUAUGGAGUAGAGGGUAAAUGGUAUGUACUGUAAGCAAGUGGGAAUGGUUAUUAUCUGAAAUGUUUAGAACACUUCAAGUGCAGCAACUAAAAUGUGAUUGGGCUAAAAAUCACGAUGCCUUGGUGGUGAAUAUUUCCUGGUACACUGAAGUAGCACUUCAAUGACAAGGCCUGGGCAUAUGCCUUUUAUGUCAUAGAAUAGAGUGCAGUAUAUGAAUGUAAACUUUUAAAACACUGUUUAGACUCUGAUGUAAUGCUGUACAGUGCAGUAUGUAUAGAACAUUUUUAUUUGAAAGCUCUACCGUUUAAACUGUAAACAUUACAGGCGCUUACUAUAGCUAUCUGUCAUACAUCAUUAGUGUAUAUUUGUGUGUAUGCGUACGUGCAUACUCCAUAGUGUGUGUAUGUGUGUGUGCAUUUGUGUCUGCGUGCGUGCGCGUGUGUGUGCGCGGGCGUGCGCAUGUGUGUGUGUGAGAGAGCGCAUUGCAGGCUUUUAUUCUUCAGAGUAUUAGUGGAUAAGCUUUAGGGUUAGCACUCUUGGGAGAGUUGACUCAGUCAGUCUGGAGUUAACAGAGAAUAGGGAAUUUUAAUUUAAACCUUCAUAUAGAGACUUUAGUUAAUGACACUGUCUUUAAACUGUCAACAUUAUUUUCAGCACCAUGGAGUGAAUCCUUACCACCGCUACACCUGGCUAUCAGUGGAGCCUUGUCUGGCAGCGUAACAGUUCAUUCAGCCUCAUUUACUGCCUUUUUUAAAAAACAUAGCUGAUAUGGCUGUCUUGCUUAUACAUUUUACAUUACAUUUUAGUCAUUUAGCAGACGCUCUUAUCCAGAGCGACUUACAGGAGCAAUUAGGGUUAAGUGCCUUGCUCAAGGGCACAUUUACGUCAUUUAGCAGACGGUCUUAUCCAGAGCGACUUACAAAUUGGUGCAUUCACCCUAUAGCCAGUGGGAUAACCACUUUUUUUUUAUUUUUAUUUUAUUUUUUUUUGGGGGGGGGGGGGGGGGGGGGGGGGGGAAGGAUUACUUUAUCCUAUCCCAGGUAUUCUUUAAAGAGGUGGGGUUUCAAAUGUCUCCGGAAGGUGGUGAGUGACUCCGCUGUCCUGGCGUCGUGAGGGAGCUUGUUCCACCAUUGGGGUGCCAGAGCAGCGAACAGUUUUGACUGGGCUGAGCGGGAACUAUGCUUCCGCAGAGGAAGGGGAGCCAGCAGGCCAGAGGUGGAUGAACGCAAUGCCCUCGUUUGGGUGUAGGGACUGAUCAGAGCCCGAAGGUACGGAGGUGCCGUUCCCCUCACUGCUCCAUAGGCAAGCACCAUGGUCUUGUAACGGAUGCGAGCUUCAACUGGAAGCCAGUGGAGUGUGCGGAGGAGGGGGGUGACGUGAGAGAACUUGGGAAGGUUGAACACCAGAUGGGCUGCGGCAUUCUGGAUGAGUUGUAGGGGUUUAAUGGCACAGGCAGGGAGGCCAGCCAACAGCGAGUGCCUGGAUUAGGACCUGUGCCGCUUCCUGUGUAAGGCAGGGUCGUACUCUCCGAAUGUUGUAGAGCAUGAACCUGCAGGAUCGGGUCACCGCCUUGAUGUUAGCGGAGAACGACAGGGUGUUGUCCAGGGUCACGCCAAGGCUCUUCGCACUCUGGGAGGAGGACACAACGGAGUUGUCAACCGUGAUGGCAAGAUCAUGGAACGGGCAGUCCUUCCCCGGGAGGAAGAGCAGCUCCGUCUUGCCAGGGUUCAGCUUGAGGUGGUGAUCCGUCAUCCAUACUGAUAUGUCUGCCAGACAUGCAGAGAUGCGAUUCGCCACCUGGUUAUCAGAAGGGGGAAAGGAGAAGAUUAGUUGUGUAUCGUCAGCGUAGCAAUGAUAGGAGAGGCCAUGUGAGGAUAUGACAGAGCCAAGUGACUUGGUGUAUAGGGAGAAUAGGAGAGGGCCUAGAACUGAGCCCUGGGGGACACCAGUGGUGAGAGCACGUGGUGCGGAGACAGCUUCUCGCCACGCCACUUGGUAGGAGCGACCAGUCAGGUAGGACGCAAUCCAGGAGUGAGCCGCGCCGGAGAUGCCCAGCUCGGAGAGGGUGGAGAGGAGGAUCUGAUGGUUCACAGUAUCAAAGGCAGCAGACAGGUCUAGAAGGACAAGAGCAGAUGUGGUUUCUGCUGACAAUUGAGAUGUACAAACUAUGGCAUAAGAGAACAACAAGCGGAUAAGAGGCAAUCCUUCAUUUUCGGUGAAGACAUUAAUGAGCGAGCUAAGAUAGACGUAGUCAAUAUAAUGAUUUGUUCAGCACUUUUGAAAUGUACAGCAACAGAAUUCAGAACAUGGGCCGUUCUUACAGUGUUCUCCCUGUACACCAAGUCAGAACCGUAGGAUAAAUAGAGGGGGCAUAUAAGCAGACAAUGAAAGCUCUUACAAUAUUCGAUGAUGACAUUUCUAUAAAACAGGCUAUACGCUACAUGUGCACCACUAAGUCAGAACAGUAGGCUAAGUUAUGAGGGGGAAAGGGACCAAAUUAUUAGGGUGAGGCACAUGGGCUACUAACAGCUUACUACACAACAUACACUUAGUAUUACUUUCUUAGCUACAGCAUACAUAUCUCCCUGGCAUAUUACAUCAUUUAUGCAGCAGCAUACAAUACAUUUUUGGACUCACAGUUGUGCUGUGCUCACUUGAACAGGAAGGUGGCGCGGCGGUCCUUCUAGUGGGCAAAUUUUGUCAUAAAGUCUGGCAUUCUCUGGAUUUAUGGUCCUUUCAAGACAACUGGGAACUGGAAAAAAAACAAGGUCGAAUCAUGAUGUCAGUGAUCUUCAGGUCGGAGCUCUAGAAAGAGGCCCGAGUUUCCAACUUAGAAUUCCGAGUAGGAUGACCGUCUGACCGUCUGAGAUUUCCCUGUUCCGAGUUUCCAGUUGUUUUGAACGCGGCAGAAGUCAUGCUGGCUUGACAGCAUGGCCAAUGUAUUCAACCUUUUCUGGCCCAUGGUGUUCCAUGUGAAUGUUUAUCCUUUUAAGUUUGGGAAAGAGACCCUUAAACCCAGAAUUGGACCACACACCCUCUCCACCGAAUAACAGGCAGGGGAAGCUGCCCCCCCUCCUGGUUCCGGCAGGCUUCGGCGUUCGUCGUCACCGGAGUACUAGCUACUGCCGACCCCAUUCUCAUCACUCCACUUGUCAUGUCUUGUCAAUCACACACACCUGGUGCUCAUUCCCCUAAUUAGUAUGUGUAUAAGUGUUCCCUCUGUUCCCCUUGUCUUUGUGAGUGAUUGUUUUGUUGUGAGAGCGUGUAGCUCGGUUGAGCUACAUUUCACUGUGUUAUUUGUCAAGGUGGAUGUUUUCCCUUGUACAGUUUCGUUUGACGCUUGAGGCAUUUGAUUUAUGCAAACGGAUUAAACAAAUGGAUAUUUUACCUCCUGCGCCUGACUCCUUCUUUCACACGUCGUCACAGAAGCAAAAUAGGGAUUGCUUGGCAACGCUUGCAGUGAGCCACUGAUUCCUUCCAAACCACUCAUUGUUGAAUUUGCGAUAUCCAACUUGUUGUGUAAUGUUUAUGUCCAAUGGCCGAUGAGCACCGAUACGUUUUAUCUAUAAUUUCUCUUCAUAUGACAAGGAUUGAAAAUGAUUUUGUCAGUAGAUUGUCGACGUGAUUCAUGAUGAUGACUGCUUGUCUAGCUUGCUAGCAACGAUUUUGAAAGUAUAAUGUUGACAUGAUCAGUCCAAUCAAAGCUACAGUAGAUAUAACGUGAUUUUACAUUAUUUUAUCUGUGGUCAAUGACCUUGAGCCUUAUUGGAUGGGCACUUGUAAUGUAAAUGUAUGGCAGCAGCCAAGGGGGCUUGAACUUUCUAGCUCUCCCUGUAGAUUUUGCGGUGACAUAGUGUUGCCAUGAAUGACAGAACACUGAGCCAAUCACGGCGCAACUAGAGAAGAUUACCAACCCCUACGCUCUGUAUUUUCGCUGGCUGCCCUCCACCACCGAAAGCACUGAGCUAGGCUGAAACACCUGCAUUUUGGAGCUGCGUUACUCUGGAAAGCAAAAAAAGAGACCAUGUUUUGUAUGUGUCAGGACGUCAGUGAAAUGCGGUAGGCAAAGUCAAGCGCAGGACACAGAGCUAAUCAGAAGACGUACUUUACUCAAAGGUAAAAUAAAGAACUACAACCUCCACACAGGGAGGGAACAAACCCGCACACUAACGACAGCCGAAACAUGAACAAACACACACAACACACAGUGUGAGACAGAGGGUUAAAUAGGUAAGACAUCACUACAUAAUGGGAAACAGGUGUGACCAAUAAAGACAGAACGAGUCGAACAUAGAUACAUGGAUCGGUAGCAGCUAGUACUCCGGUGACGACGAAUGCCGAAGCCUGCCCGAGCAAGGAGGAGGGGCAGCCUCGGCUGAAUCCGUGACAGUAUGCGGCUUUAUUAACUCAAUAAUACUUUUUUUACAUUGUUUGCAAACUGAUAUGUGACACGUGUGUGUGUUUGUUUGUAUUUGUAUGUGUGUUUUAUCCAGUGCAGUGUUUCCAUAUGCAGGCCAGCCUUCAGAGAGACUAGCUGAGUCUAGUGUAGUGUGAUUGCGGCUCCAUCAGUCUGCCUCCCUCCAACACAAGGCCUCAUUAAGGAGAGAAUGCUUUUGUUGUUCCCGGCUUGUUUACAAGGCACAGAUCCAGCCUCUCACUCGCUCUCUCACUAAGCCUGAGAAAUAAAAUCAUUAAAGGAAAUAUUUGAGGCGCAUCUGUGGGUAAGGGGGUUGCCAAGAUGUGUGGCAGCAGGCAGGCAGCGCUGUACCAUUACCAUACCAGGGUCUGGAGCAGAAGGUACAGCACUAUAGUAAUACUGUAGUAAUACUGUAGUAAUACUGUAGUAAUACAGUGAAAUCAUGGCUGGGUGUAUUGGCCCUUACAACAUACAGUAGAAUAGAUAAGGUCUUUAACAUGUACAUUUAUAUUUCACAUUCUAGUCAUUUAGCAGACUCUCUUAUCCAGAGCUAAUUACAGGUAGUGCAUUCACCUUAAGUUAGCUAGGUGGGACAACCACAUAUCACAGUCAUAAUAAGUGCCUAGUUUUCGUCAAUAACCAGCUCUCAGCAUAGCCAGUGCUAGUCAGAAAACGUUUCCACGCUAGAACAGAUGAUGUCAGUGAAUAGCAUGCAGCACACAUUCCAAAUCAAAUCAAAUGUUAACGGUUGCCUACAAAUAUUUUGCAGAUGUUAUCUCAGGUGCAGCGAAAUGCUUAUGUUUCUAGCUCCAACAUUGCAGUAAUACCUAACAAUACUAAACAAUAUACACAAAUCCUAAAACAGAAAAAUUAAAAAAAUAUAAGAAAUAUCAGAACGAGCCAUGUCAGAGUCCGGAAUAUAAAUAUACAUGUAUAUAUGUAUAUAAUGGUGUGUAAUGGACAGUAUAUUAAUAGAAAAGGUGUGUACAGCAGUAGUCAAACGCUCCUGAAGGAAUUGUUGCCUCACCCAUGAUGGGGUUAACUCUGUGCCAGAACAGCAGUCCUGUGCUGUAGUCUACUGCACCCGUUUAUUUUGGGACUGUUGCUAAGGAAUGUUGUAUAUUCAGGCUGUGAAUUAUUUGGAGUGUUUUGCCUGGCUUGAAAAGAUGCUGUAAAAGUAGAUGCAGUGUGCUAGUGGUCCUGGGCCUAGGACGCUGUCCAGCUGUCCAUCUGUCCUUCCACCCCCGCCACACACACACACACAUGCUCCGCAUGGCACGAGCCAUCAGGUGCCAUCCCAUUUUAUCCUGGUUAAUAAAUAGCUUUGAUAGGAGCUGGCCAGGUGGGUUGCGGCGGGACAGGCAUUCAUCACCAUGGAUUUAGAGAUGGUGAGCUUACUGCAUACAGUACAGUCCGUACACACACACACACACACACAGAGCCCAUUCAUUAGCGGAGCCUGAAAUAGCAGGGAUAAUGCCAGGUGCAUGUGCUGUGAAUGACAAUGAGCUCAGUUAGUGUGUGUGUGUGUGUGUGUGUGUGUGUGUGUGUGUGUGUGUGUGUGUGUGUGUGUGUGUGUGUGUGUAUGUCAUUAUGUGAUAAACAGCUGUAAUGUUGUCAUUAUCAGAAUCCCUGAGACGUACUAAAUGACAGAUGAUAGCUAGGGUAUACUGUAUGAAAGCUCUGAAGGAGAGUGUUGAACUCCCAGAGGUCUUUUAAGUGUGGAAAUCAGGGACCCAGGGAGGGCAAUAUCCUCUCUCUCUCUCCUCCUCUCCCUCCCUCUCUGACCCAGCGCGCCAGCAUGCAGCAGCAUUGACGUCACCCAGCGGUUGACUGAGAAGCCCAGCGAGAGAAGAGAGGGAGAGGGAGAGGGAGAGGGAGAGGGGGAGAGAGGGAGAGGGAGAGAGAGAGAGAGAGAGAGAGAGAGGAGAGAGAGAGAGGAGAGAGAGAGAGGAGAGGAGAGAGAGGAGAGGAGGGAGAGAGAGAGAGGAGAGAGAGAGGAGAGAGAGAGAGAGACACACACACACACACACAGAGAGGACACACACACACACACACACACAGAGAGAGACACAGAGAGUAUAUAAUUUCUUCAGUCCUCCCUGUGUUCAGGUCCUCCUAACCAGAGAAUUACAUAGUCUUUCUGUAUAUUAACCUUUUGCUCACCAAAAUGCCCCCAAUUCUCACAGGACCAUUUAGCAAUUAUGAGGAGAAAAUCAUUACCCAGGUUGAGUUUGCCUCACCUCACUGAUUUAGUGUCUCUCUUGGAACCAGGGCUCCCUCUUGAGGUCAUGUAUGCCUUUACAUUUUCAAAUGUCUUUCUUGUACUGACCAUCUCUCUCUCCCUCUCUCUUUCUCUCCCUCUCCCACUCUCACUCUCUCUGUCUACAGGAGAGAAGUUUGAGCUGCAUGCAGGAACAGAGUCCACCCCCAGCGUCGUAGUCCACGUCUGCGACAGCGACACCGAGGAGGAGGAGGAACCAAAGAAUUGCCCCAAACCUAAAAUCAUCCAGACCCGGCGCCCCGACCUUCCUACUUCACACUGA